CCCCUCUCCAACCGCGCUAACCAAUGGCAAGAGCGUGGGUGGGCGGGGCUGAGCUAAUCGGGUCUCUCCCCCCCCCCCACACACUCCGCCUGUUGUCACCGGGAAGGGGAGGGGGGGAGAAGGAACAGCUUCAUCAGUCAGCGCGCGCAGUUGGGCGAGCGGUAGUAGCGCGUGCGGGAGACGUUUGGCCUCUCCCAUCCCACCCACCCCCUCCGCCCCCACCCCCCAAUCCUCGGCCGCGCGCGCUGUGCAGAAGGCGCUCUGUCCUCCCCUCAGCCCGCUCCCGGCCAUGGCCGCCGGCGAAGGGAGCGAAGAAGAGGUGCGAGUGCUGCAGACCCUCCGCGGGAAGAUUUGUAAGUCGUCGCGGGAAGAGGGUGGUGGGGAGGGGGGCGGUCGAAGGGAACGGAGCCCCCCCCCCGUUUGUCACUCUCUGUCCGUGUGGAAGGGCGGACACGGAAAAAGGCGAGAUAUUGGGACGGGGCGGCAAGGGGAAGGCAGAGCCGGAAGGAAGACGGCCUUUGCCUCGGGGCGGCCUCCCUGACUCACCCGCCGCCUCAGUCGUCCAGCCCCCGCUGUUGCCCGGGCUCCUUGGAGACGUUGCUGUGCCGCUUCCCUUACCUCAAGGGAGGGGAGGGCCGGCCUUCCUCCCUCCCUCCAGGCGGGGAGGGGGAGGUGGUCCCUGCAUGGAGGUGCAGUGUCUCCUGUGGGAUGCGCACACCUGUGGGCGGCCGUGAUGAGGGAAAGAAAGAGAAAAGCUGAGGGUGGGUUGGGUUGGGGGGGGGGGGUUGGCGGAAGCGAGAGACAAAAGCAUACAGGCUGCUUCCAGAAGGGGGGCUCUGCUGGGUAGGCGGUGGGGCGUGGGCAGGGCGACGCUGUUAUAGUAGCAGAAAACCAAAAACUCUCACGGAUAGAGCAUCCGUGCAAAGGGGAAUAGUGAUAGUGUGAACUGGGCAUCUUGCACUGCAGCGAGCGCAAGCCACUGUCUUCCACUCCUUGCGUUGGUUGGGCGAAACGGCCUCAGCCCUCCUGGCCUGCUAAGUUACCUCACUUGACAGAGAGAGACAGCCGCUUGCCCCGUGCACCCAAUCCUGGUUUCCCGUGGGUCUCUAUGAGUGCAAGGGUUUGUAAAUGUCUGCUUGUUGGGAUUGCAUUUUAUAUUUCUAGGUGUGCAUGCUACAUAUUUUAAGCUGCAUGCCUAAUUUAUUGUUACUUAUUAAAUUUGUUGGUCACGUUACCCCAAAGUGACUUGCAGCCUAAGGCAAGUUAUGUGUGAAGAAGCCCUUGGAAAUAAGUCAUCCUAGUUAAUAGCUGGCAUUUGGAUGGUACUUCAUAAGGCACGUAUUUCAUCUCAAUAUUUUGAAAGCGUUUAUAAUACGCAGGCCAUGACAAUAUUAAGGACAUAAACUGACAUAAACUGAAUUUUGUGUAAAGGAGGAUGGUGUAGUAUUCCCCCCCACACACACCAAUAGCAGUAGCAAACUGGCUUGUGGUGCCAAGACUAAUAAAGCUUUCAGGGACUUAAGGCCAGUUUGUCAAAGGUAGCCCACAGAAGCUUAUGCCAUAGUAAAUUUUUUGGUGCCACAAGACUUGAUAGCCAUUUUAUUCUGUUGUAGGGAAAACUAUUUAAAAAAAAAUAAAUUAAGGAUAUGGAAAGCAAGGACAGAAUAAAGUUUAUAGAGCGUAUAAUGCAUAGAAAGCAAUAAUAGAAAUUCAUUCAGUAAGAUACGGUCCCUGGGACAGAUGAACCUGGCAGAUAGAAGAAUAUUUGCAGUAUAAGGGAAUAGGAUAUGAAGUUAUUGGAGCAUUUAAAGGGUUGGUUUCUGAACAAGCAGGUUGCAGGUCCAAACAUAUUUGCUGGAUGAAGUAGGGAAGAGAGCAGAAAUAGCAUCGUGCUAGAUAGUUACCUGGUAUUUAAUCAGGAAUGUACUGUGGUCAACAAUAUCCUAAAGGGAGUUGAAACCUAGCCAUGGUAAUUGUGUGCUACGUGGGUGAUGUGAAAGCGAUCUACAGUUCCUGGCACAUAUUCUAGGGAUCUGUUCUUCCUGUGUGUGUUUGCAAGGCCUUGUAAUGCUGAAGUAGUACUGCACACCUGAAGUCCCAAGUGUAGUUUUGAUGGAAGUUUGGUGAUGGCACCAGUGACACUUUGGUUCUCUAAUCCAUGUUAUGAUAGGGUAGAAAUAGCAAGCACGAGAGGUGCUUGUAAGUGUGUAAGCUAGUAGACUGGGCUGUACCUAGCAAAAUAGUUGGGGAAGUGCAUUCCUUGCAGCUAGGGGAAGAUGUAAUAACUUCAUGGGAAGGCCUGGCUUUAGCUGAAAUGGAAAAUAUUUAGUUUUGAGAGCCAUUAGACAUUACUUGCAAAAAGUGACAUCCUUAGAAGUUACACUCCGCAUUCAAUCUUUUAAAGGUAUUUCAUCUUAUCAGAAAAAUGCAACACAUGCGAUUCUUGUGAAAUGUGAUGUAGGGGGAAGCUUGUACAGAAUGUUUUGAAGUAGUCGCUUAGAACUCUUUUGGAUACCUUAAUGGGAUUGUGGGGUAAUAGGAUCCAUGUUAGCCAGACCAAAUGUGGCAAAGAAAAUUUUAAACUUGAAGGCAGAAAACCUUCUGAUAAAUUAUAAGGGGCAAGAAAAUGAUAAUGUUAUGGGGCUGACGUAGAUUUUAGGGCAGCUAGGACAAACAGGAUGUAGUGGUUUUCCGAUGGUGGGAGGGAUCGAAGUACAUUCAUGUAAGUCAAACGUAACCCACUUCCUUUCUCACGCCUUUAUUCGGUCUUGUAGAGAAUGACUUGCAGCAUGCUUAGCUUCCAUUUUGAUGCGGAACUAGAUUUCAUAAUGUUUCAGUAGAACAGCAUUGACGAGAGAAGCAUUCUUAUGAGGUUAAAUGUGCAUAUUCAGCAUCAAAUCAACUCUGAUUAACGACCCAUAAUUUUUUGUAGAAAAAAUAUUUUCUGUGAAAACUUACAUUUUGAAAGAUUCCAUGUGUUAAAAAUAGCAUAUGCUACUUGAUUUUGUUUUAUGUUUUUUAAUAAAAAAACCCCAUUUAUUAAACUAGUAUAUUAUCACCCUUUGGAACAGUUGCCUUAGAAAUUUUAAAUUGAUGAAUCUAAUUAAAGUUUAGUACAUUUGCAUCUUAAGAGACGUGGGUGGCGCUGUGGUCUAAACCACAGAGCCUAGGGCUUGCCAAUCAGAAGGUUGGUGGUUCGAAUCCCCACAAUGGAGUGAGUUCCCAUUGCUCGGUCCCUGCUCCUGCCAACCUAGCAGUUCAAAAGCACGUCAAAGUUCAAGUAGAUAAAUAGGAAUCGCUUCAGCAGGAAGGUAAGCGGCGUUUCCGUGCGUUGCUCUGGUUCGCCAGAAGCGGCUUAGACAUGAUGGCCACAUGACCCGGAAGCUGUACCCGGAAGUGAGCUGUAGCUCACUUGGCCAAUAAAGCGAGAUAAGCGCCGCAAACCCCAGAGUCAUCCGUGACUGGACCUAAUGUUUAGGGGUCCCUUUACCUUUACCUUACAUUUGCAUCUUACUAAAAUCUCUGCCAUCUUUACAAAUAUUGAAGGAACUUAUUUAUUUAUAAAUAAAUAAAUAAAUAAAUAAAUAAAUAUCAUUACCUGUCAUUAAAGGGAACUGCCAUCUUUUAAUAUUUCUUUCUCAUUUCCUAUUGCAGUAAUGCAGCAGAAGCAAAAUAAUCUAAAAUAGAUGGACCUUCACACACUUGAUUAAUCAGUUAAAGCUGUGGUUGACUGAUUUAUUGUUUGGCAAUUGAAGCAAGGGGUAAUAAUUACAUGAAUGCUACAAAGCACAUUUUAAUGCCAUUGUUGCAUUUCAUUCUGCAUGCUUAUUUUGAUAAACAGAUGGAAGCAUUGCAGUUCAUACUUGUGAAGUAGGUAUUUGGAAAUACGACACAGACAUUUCAGGCAUCUAUAGUACAUUGGUUUAUCAAGGCAUUUAUAAUGGGCAGCUGGCCACAAGCAUACCUGACACCCUAGUGCCUUAAACUUACUUUUUAAUUUUACCUUUUGUUACCUGAUGUGGUUAUAUUUAGUAUUUUAUAAGUGCUUUUACUAAUUGAUCAAAGCACUUAACACAUAUUAUCUGAAUUCUUACAACAUCUCUGUAUAAUAAUCAGUUUUAUCCAAAAAUUUGGGAUGAAAAUGGAAAUGGCUGAAGUUGAGAGAGAUGUGCAAUCUUAUGAACACUUAAAUUGAGAGUAAAUCCUACCGAUCUCAGUGGCAGUUGAAUGCAGUGGCAUAUCCAUAGGAUGGGGCUGUGUGGCCAAGCUAAGAUAGGAAGCCCCUGGCUGAAAAUGUGUAGCUAAUUUUAUCUGCCAAUACAUUCUGUACUUUAACAGCUGUUUGCUGUGACAAAUUAGCUUUGGCUUAAAUGAUUAAGCCUAUUAUUACCAUCAUUAUUUGUUAAUUUAUAUAACACAUAUAUGCUAAAAUGCCCACUUCACAUACAUACCCAUCUUCUUUUAAGAGAAAACUAGCAGUGUUCCCCAUGGGAAUUUGUUUGACCAUGGAAAGUACCGGUAGUAUCUACAGCAAUUAAAAGUGAUAGUGAUGUGUUUCAAAAAUUUAACAAAGAAAAGAAGGGCCUGAUCCACCUGAUAUACUUCAUAACUAGGAAAUGCAGGUACAUACCUGCAUGUGUGCUUCUUUUCUCACCCCCUCACCCCAGAACACAACACUUGAGCGUUUAUGCUGAUCUUAGACUAGCAACUAGUGUGGAGGUGCAAAAAGGCUUUCUUGUGCUAAUGAAGCAGUUUCCUCCAACUGCCAAAAUGUCUUCUUCCAACUGCCAAAUUGCUGUGUGUACUACAGGCAAGAGUAACUAGCACACUUGGCUGACCGCAAUUUGGAACAGCAGAGGAAGCAUGCCCAGCUGCAUCAGUGUACAAGUGGAAUAUAUUGCAUAUCAAGGGAGGCUUGCACACAUGUAGGUUAUGUGAUCUCUAGGCCAUGCUGAUUUUCACACUUUGUAUCCAUAGCAUAUUGCAUUUUAAAUCUUGGACUCUGUCUGCCUCCUCUCCCUUACGUGUAUUGAUAGUAUGUGCUAUAUAGUGUCUUGAGGGCUAGAGAUAGCUUUGAACAGUUACAAUUAAUAAUUUUAUGUAAAAUGAUGGUUUUCAUCCUCGUUCCUUCAGGGAGCUCUUUCUAUGUUAGCUUGUUUUCCAAGGGAUUCCAGUGCGUUGCAGAGGAAUUCAGGGCUUGUUUUAUAGUAGGAAUGGGGACUGCCUCUCCCCAUAUGAACCAAUCUGGACACUGCAGUCAUCAUCUGAGGGCUUUACCUGAGUGCCUCCUCCAUGAGAGGAACAGAGGGUGGCAACACGAGAAGCCUUUUCUGCGAUGGCUUCCUGCUUGUGGAAUGCUUUCCUCAGGGAGAUUUGCCUGGCACCUUUAUUACUUACCUUGAGGCGGUGCCCGACAAAAACUUUGGCUUUUUGUGUUUUGUGUUUUCAUUUUGUACUCUUAUGUUGUGAAUGCCCUGUGAUCUUCAGAUAAAGGGCGUUAUACAGUACAAGUUUAAUAAGUAAAUAAAAAAGGAAUAACCUGUGGCCCUUCAGAUGUUCCUGGACUCUAUUCAGCCCCAGCCAGCUUAGCCAAUAUUUAGGGAUGAUGGAAGCUCAGUUCACAGUAUCUGGAGAGUCAGGUGUUUCCCAUUCCUGCUCUAGAGGUUGCACCCAGUUUAUGUAAGACAGUCAUCAAAUCUGUUAGGUUUCCCUGUUGCCCAACUUGAAUUGAGAGUAUGAUCUCAAAUACACUCAGUACUCUGUUGCAGCUGCACUUUGCAAAGGAAGUUUGUCCACCAUUACUGGUUAUUUCAUUGAAAAUGCUGGAUAAACUAGGCUUUUCCAGUUUGAAAAACCAGUAAUAUAAAAUGGUUUACUGUGCCAUACUAAUCCUUGAAAUCACUUAGUAAAUGGAAAUCAGCAAACCUUUGUGUUUAGGCCAAUUCUAUGUUAGUUCUAGGGCUUUAACAAUGAAGGAGUAGUCACUUGGAAAAGCUGAUUGCUUGGAACUGGUAGGAAAUUUGCAGACAAAUGUCAGUGCCAUAAAGUACUAACACAUUGGUGUUGAGAUUUCAUAAGUGUACUUACCUAAAUGUAUUUUAUUUUGCAAAAUGCUGCUGUAGAAAUAAGGCUCUAAAAUGGGGUGAGGAGUAUGGCCAGCAGAGGUCUCAACUUAAAUAAAUUAAUUGGGGGGGUGCCCCACAUAAUCAAUAAUAAGACAUACCAUUUGAUGCCCAUCAACUUGGAGGGUGUCCCCCUCAAAUAUUUUAUUGGGGGGUUGAUGGGACCUCAGGCCCCAAGGAGUUGGCUCCUAUUAUGGCCAGUGAAUCAAAUUUGGUGGGCCUCAUUUUCCCCAUUCCUGCUUUAAAAUGUAUGUUUGAGUUUAGACAGCUCUGUUGUUCAAACAGAAUGAUAUCCUUAGAAGCACCAUUAAGGGUAGUGAUAGAUGUAAUUUAUCUUUAAGGAAAAUUGAUAUCCCUGACUGCUUUCAAAAUGAUACUUUGUUUUAUUUUAUAAGGAAAUUAGAACAUUCUCUGGGCAAACUGUCUUAAACUAAGUAAACUAACUUUAUUCUAAGUAUUGUGUAUUUUGCUUAGAGCAGGGAGGAAGUUACAUUGUGUUAAUAUUUUGGUAGCAAGUACUAUGACUUUUCAAUGUGAUAGUAACUCAAAAGUCUGGUUGUUCACUAGAUAUAGUUCAAACAAUUUUUUUCCAGGGUAAACAUAAUAACUUUAUAAUGGACUACUAAAUACAAAAUUUGUUUGUUGAAAAAAUACUAGACUCUGUUUGUGUUAUGACUUGUGGCCAUAUUGCUUUCAGUUGCAAUCAUUAACCAGCCAUGUCAGGCUUAACCGGUUACCCAGAUGGAAUUUGAAGGAAAGUGCAAGUGUUGCAGGAAGUGAUGUUAAUAAAGCCUUCACUUUUAAGCCAGUAGUGACCCUGUUCUUAUCAGGUGAUGCUAUUCUAGAGGAAGUGGCGUCUGCCUUUUAAAGGACAAAGCCAAAGUCCUGGCUAUGAUGAAAUAUUGUAUUCAGUUUCCUUUUUUAAUACCCAAACUUCCUUUUCUUCUUUUGUGCUUCUUUUGGUCACUUAAUUCAGACAAGGAUGCAUUACAGAGUGUGUAAUAUUUUGUUGCUUUCCAUUCUGAAUUACAACUCCAUACUUUGGCUAUAGACAACCUUGUAAUUUUUCUCUCCAUGUUUGUUCAAAACUAAUUUAAUCUUGUCACUAGGUCAAGCCAAAAACUUAGUGCCAUACUCUGGACAAAACAAGAUGAGAGACUGCUUUUGUACAAUCAAUUUGGAUCAAGAAGAGGUUUUUCGCACUCAGGUAGUAGAGAAAUGUUUAAGGUAAGAGCUUUAUCACAAUGGCAGGCUUAGCUAGGAUGAGAAUAUAUCUUUGAUUAAAAUGGAAUAUUAACCAGUCCCUUAAUAUGUAAAAAAAAAUCAGCUGGUCUGUAAUUUUAUUCUCUCCUCCCCCCGGCCCCAUUGCUUGUCCAUUUUGGCUUAGUUUCUGAUUUUUUUUAUGUAUGGGUUACAGAAACAGCUUAAUAAAUUAAACAUUAAUAAUGCAUUGGAAGAGUGACUGUGUUCAGAUGUAAUGCUGAACCAUGCCUUAGUGUUAGAAGAAUGAGACCUGGUGCCCCUCAAGCUCAGAAACUCUCUCUUUUGCCAUGGCUCCAAGGAGACGAAGUUUCUUUUUCUGUUUUGGAUUAACUGUGGCUAGCAAUGUUCCACACAAACUACGGCUAAUCUUAAUUACUGCUAGCUGAAACAAGCGAAUAAUGUAUAGUUGGAAGUUGGUCUAUCUCAAUGAACUCCGCUGUGAUCAUACCAGAGAGUGGGGGAACACACCGGCCCAAAGCUUUCUUCUAAGGCCUGUUUUCAUAAUGUUACUUUGUUUAGUUUCUCAUCUGAACAAGGACUUGGAACACUGCUCCAAACUAGACUAAACUUGCAAAACUUUUAAGUUCUUUAGCAGUAUGGUAAAAAAUAUGAAUAACAAUAGUCAGGGCUAAUUGUGACAACCUGUGGUGUUUACAUGUUAACUUCUUGAAAUGACCCCAUGGAUAAUUGUAACUAGACAACUUAGUAGUAAGUGUUACUCCUGCACGCACAUUUUUUCCCUGUGGAAGGUUUUAUGAAUUAAUGCAUUCUAGUGUUACCACCUUCAUGCAUGGAAGGGUUUAUCUUCAGAAAAGUAUGUGAACAGAACUGACAUUGAUUUUGACAAUCUUCUACUUUUAUUGUAAUUCCUUCUGUGAACUGGAUAUAUAUUGAAUAUAUUUUGUGUAGGCUCUCUAAAUAUAAAACCUGAUACAAAAGAUAAAAGUUGAGCUAAAAUACGUAUGUAUAUCCCUAUAUAUGUUGUGCUAUACCCAUUGCAAUGGUUACCGUUCAGUUUCUGAGCUCAGUUCAACAUGCUGGUUUUCUCUAAAAGCCCUUCAUUGAUUAUGACUGGGGUACUAGAAGAGUUAUCUACCUAUAUGUGUGUACCUGUCUUAAGAACUUUAGUUGAUCUUCCUGAACCAAACCAACUCCCAGAGGGAUGGGAAUCCCAGUAGUGGUGCCCCAUUAAUGGAAUGUUCUCAGAGAGGUCCACCUGGUACACCUACUUAAUUGUCCUUCCAGUGCUAACUUUUUCUACACAUCUGUUUGGCAGAAGCCACUUCCAGAGAGAGGGCUUACAAGCAAACAUUGCACACAGGAGGCAGAGGGUAUAAAGAGGAGCUACUGAAUUUACCGUAUUUUUCGCCCUAUAGGACGCACUUUUCCCCCUCCAAAAAUGAAGGGGAAAUGUGCGUGCGUCCUAUGGGGCGAAUGCAGGCUUUCGCUGAAGCCUGGAGAGUGAGAGGCGUCGGUGCGCACCGACCCAUCUCGCUCUCCAGGCUUCAGGAAGCUAUCUGCAAGCCUUGCACGCCCGGCGGGAGGUCCUGCCAGGCGCGCAAGGCUUGCGGGCGGGAGCCUGCAGCCCGAAGCACGGGGUGCGCUGCAGAGCACGCCCCGUGCUUCGGGCAGAUGUCCACAAGACUUGCGCGCCCGGUGGGAGGUCCCGCCGGGCUCGCAAGGCUUGCGGGCGGCAGCCUGUUCUGGGGGCUGGGGUCGGAAAUAAUUUUUUUUUUACUUUCCCCCCCAAAAAACUAGGUGUGUCCUAUGGGCCAGUGCGCCUUAUAGGAUGAAAAAUACGGUAACUUUCUUGUCCUCCAGUCAGGCUCCAAUCACAAUGAAAUUUAGCAUGACUAAGUGACAAAAUAAUUACAUUAUCUUUUGGUUUUAUUUCUUGAGUAAAAACAACAAUGAAACACUUACUGAUCUGAAAACAAGAUAGUUUAUUAUCUUUUUCUACUUCUAGAACAGGUUUGUUUGUUUUUUUGCAAGCAUGCGAUCAUUAUUCUUUGGGCAUCAAAUAGCAAUUUAUUUGUGUAGAAAAAAGAAAAUUUAUUAAUCUUUUUAAAGGUGUUAAGAAUUCUGAUGUAAGUAUCUAAGUGGUGAUGUGUGUUAAAGAUUUAGGCUUGGACCUAAAUUUUUGCUCUGUGGAAGGAGAAUUGCACUCACAUAAAUGGUCCUUUAUUCAAAAACCUAGAAUCAGAGUUUUAUUAAACUUAGACCCUGUUCUUAUAUGAGGCUUGUGGUGGUUCUCCAAGGAACUGGCCAGGACAACUUCGGUUUAGUUUCAGCAUUAUUGUACACUCUGGGCCCUGAAGCCAAAGUUAAAGCAGAACUUACCCUUACAUUUUGAAUGCAUUGGCUGUAAACUUGUAAGGAAACAAUUUUUUAAAAAAAUGAUCCACAAACUGAAUAAGGUAAACAAGAAAAUUCCAUCAGAUAAUGUGGCUGGUGUGAAUAUAAAUAAUAGUAAACAAAGCCUUCUGAUUUCUUCGGUUUACAUAAAAUGCUAGUACCUAUUGACUUCCUAAAGACAUUUCACCAUUUAUUUAUCCAAUCAUUUAUUUACUUGAAAAUUUUUAUCUUCCGCUUCCAUUGCAUUCUGAUUGCUCAGAGAGACUUGACAACAAACCAAAAUAAAUCAGUGCUGUAGACUCUCAUCCAAGCACUAUUACCAUAUUAUUUUGGCCACUUCUGCCCAGUGUUUCCAGGGGUUUUUUUAUCAGCUCCUGAAAACAUACGUGUUUAGGCAAGCCUACCUAUUAUUAUUAUUAUUAUUAUUAUUAUUAUUUAUUAGUAGCAUGUAUUAAGUUUGUAUGCUUCCCUUAAUUCGUAGAUCUCAGGGCGGUUCACAACAUAAAAAUACAAGAUAAAAAAACCACACAAAAUCUGUAAUAAAAACAAAAGCAAACCAAUAACCCCCUUCCCUUGUGUAAACUUGUCAUAUAUUUUAAUAUCUAAUUGUAUUUUAUUGUGUGAGUUGUUUGUGUGGGUAUAUAAACAUGACUCUUGAAAAUGUUUUGUACUGUUUAGCAUUUUGGGAGAAAUAACUACCGUAUUGGCCUCAAUAUAAGCCUCACUUUUCUGACUGUGAAAAGUUAAAGUGCGGCUUAUAUUCGUGACCUUACAGUAUGCAGCCAGGAGUGUGGGGCAAACAGUACCAGGAGUGCAACAGAGCGGUGCCCGUCCUGCACAUAGUCCCCCAUCCUUUCCCCCAAGGCCGGGAAGCGAAAGAGAGAGGAAGCAGAAAGGUUGCCGGCAGUGCAUCAUGGCUCUCCCCGCCAAGUAUGCAGCCAGGAGCAGUGAGGAAUGGAGCGGCUUAUAUUCAGGAAUUUAUUCUUUUUUUCUCUCUCUCCCCCCCCCCCCCCAAGUUUUAAAGGUGCGGCUUAUAUUCAGGUGCGGCUUAUAUUCGGGCCAAUACGGUAAUUCCUUGCAAGAGGCUUACAUUCAAGAGGAGAAUCCAGUUAUAAAAGUUACAUAAAAUAGGAUUCUACAGCAAGUUACAAUGGUGGUGAAACAUUGUAAAAUAUUCAGUUACUUUGCUAAGAACCUGUUUGAUUUCUUUCCCCAGCCCAUUUUUUGGAGAAGAGUUCUACUUUGAAAUACCAAGGACAUUCCAGUGUUUAUCAUUUUAUAUUUAUGAGAAAAGUGUUUUACAGAGGGAUCUGCGUAUAGGUAAGUAUAGAAUCAUAGAAUUGUUGGGUUGAAAGGGACCACAAGGGUCAUCUAGGCCCCUGCAGUGCAGAAAUCUUUUGCCCAACAUGGGGCUUAAACCCACGAUACUGAGAUUAAGCAUCUCAUAUUCUGCUGACUAAGCUAUAAAUUGAAGUUAGGAUGGUAGCCACCUAAGUCAUAAUCUGUGUAGACCCACUGAAAUUGGUUUGUCAUGUCAACUCAUUUCAGUGGGUCAACUUAGAGUUUGAUAUGCCUCUUAAUCUUCAGUGGUGGGUUUGUUUUAUUAAAGGUAAAACUGUAGACAGGUAUCUUACUAUUUUCAAAUGUAUGUGUUUAUUUUUAUGGAUUGUAUCCAACGAUGGCAUUAGGCAAACAUGUUCACAUAAAGUAGGGCAUCCAGUUUUCACUGAUCCUCCUACCUAAUGCAAUCUGCUGCAUCAUAUCUUUUAUUCUGGAGGACCCCUCCAACCCUUGGGAGAAGUUGUACAUUGGAUAAGAGAAUUAGUGAAAAUCAGGGGUCGAGCUUUGCACAAGUGGAAGUUCUUACACUUGCCUUAUGCCACCAUUAAUUGUAAUUCAACACUUUACAGUGGAACCUCGGUUGUCGAACGUAAUCCAUUACAGAAGACCAUUCGACUUCUGAGGCAUGUUUGAAAAUGGAAGCCGAGAUGUUCGAAAACUGUUCCACUGUAUUACAUAGUGUCUCUGGUAGUUUUCUCUCUAAAUGAUUGAGCAGACCAACGCCCACCCAGUAGCCCUCAAUCUUGCCACAACAUGUGUUCCCAGUUGACCUACAGGCCCCAUAGAGAGGCGUUUUAUUUUAAAACGUUUUUCAUUUAGUUUCAAACAGUGCCAAUAAAGACUCCCAUCCCCAACACCUGCUGCUACUGGACUGCUUUGCUUAGGACACACUGUAUGAUGAUUAUUUUAAAAUCUUCUCUAGAGCUAUCUCUAGAGCUAAAAUUAAAAAUAAGCAUUUCUACCCAACACUGAAUAAAAUGUACUGUCAAAUAGGUAAUUUUAUUUUCUUUCUUUUAGGCAAAGUAGCUAUCAAAAAAGAAGAUUUGAGCAAAUACUCUGGCAAGGAAACAUGGUUUAUGCUUCAGCCUGUUGAUUCCAAUUCAGAGGUUCAGGUAAAAUUGAAUAGUUGUAAAAGUUAAUGUUGUAUUGUGUCAAUGAAAGUCUGUCUUCCCCACCCCCAUGUUUAUUUGUAAUUUUACUUAAGAUUCCCCAUGCUGCAUGAAAUGAAUGCAGUUUUUGUGCUGCAUUGUUCCUAGUCCAUCAGAAAAAGGGCCUGUCUGCAAUGUGUUCACAAAAAUCAGUCUUAAAAACUAGUAUGGGACAAUUGAAAACUGGACAUGUAUAUCUUUAAUUUCUUGUGUGCCAGUUUAAAAUAUUUCAAUUUAGAUUUCAUUUUCCUUCUCUUAGGGCACUUCAAAAGUUCUGAAUGUGAAUUAAAUAUAUUUUACAAAAAUCGCCUAUAACAUUUUUCAAACUACAGCAAAUGUAUGUAUAGUUUAAAAAUGCUCCAUAUUGUAAGACAUUCUGAAUCUCUUCUGUGAUUACAGAGUGGAGAGGGAAGUUAUAUAGGAAGCCUGUGUGUGCCUCCUAUUCCCUGGAAUGGUGUGAUUCACUAACUGUAGGCACCAAAGUUGAGUGGGGGUAAUAGGGCUUGGCUAUGUCCUGUGUGGAUCCCUCAGUUACACUUUGUCUUGCUGCAAAUCAUUUCUAUUUUUCUGUACUCUUCCCAGAGAAGGCUACGAUACUUUACAGUCAGCAGGAGGGGUGACGAUGCGAAGGCUCAGGGGAAAAAAUGAUUUGGGGGGAGGGACCACUGUUUCUUAUUUUUUUUCUUUUCAUGGACCUUCACAUCUUGGGGGUGGGCACACAUUUCAAUCCCUUUUCAUAGUAUAGUUGAAAAAUAAAAUUCUAACUUAUCAAUGAUGAAACAGUUUAUAAUUCUCUUUUGCAAGUGUUGAUUGUUUUCCUGUGCAUGGUAAUGUAGCUGUGUAUAUUUCUUUCUCUUUAUCUGUGGUAUAUUAGAGGUGCUCUAAUUCCAACUUAAUUGUUUUAGAAAUAGCAUAUACAGCUCUUACGAAAUAAGACAGCUGCUUCUUGAUUAAACAGCAGUUUUAGUUGUCCUGAAAAUAGUUUAGGUAUAUGUGAAUCAUGCAGUAAUGUGUAUGAUAACAAUGGCAAAUGUGCAGCUGAAUGUUGGAAUUUCCAAGUAAAUAUUUUGGGCUUGGUUACAGGCAAAGCAAACUACAUGGCAUUGUGACAUGGGUGUCAUGCUGGAGGAAAUGUCCCUGCUAGAUUAACCUCUAAUAAUAGACAUUGCUCACCAUUCCUGAGAUAUGCUGGGGUUUGCCUCAGUAUAUAUGUGCAUUGCAACAUCUAAAGCAAUAUUUUGGUGAUAAUUAGAUUGAUAGAGGAGUCAUGGAGGUUGGUUUGGAAAAAUGGUAUAGUAACUGUAUGCAAUAUGAAUCUGGGAUAGUACUGACACUAAUCCAGAAAAUGUAUUCAUUGUUUUGUUUUUUUCUGGACCUUCACCAUACAUGUUUAUUCUUUCCCCUGAACUUUUCUUUUUAAAGAGAGUAGAAAUUUGCUUGCACCAAAUCAUUUAAUUAUGCAGUGGCCCCACGGAAUACAUGUUGUCUGGCGUAUUACUCCAGUGUCAGUACAACUGUGUAAACAUGGGCAGUGAAGCAGCUAUAUAUUUUUUAAGCUUGAGUAUCAACCCAGUUUGGUAGGAAAAGUGUGACCCACCAAGCUAGGCCUUUACAAGGCAUGUUGACUUGACAAAGUUAAGCAUGUGCUUAAUUUUGACUGGAUUGUGUGUCAUUUUAUUGCCAGGAAGAUUCCCCUAUGUAUUAUGCUUGUCAUUCAUUUUGUUUUGCUUUCAGGGGAACUGCUUCAGACAACUGUCACUUGAUAGCCUUCACAGGUUGAAUACCUAAGCACUUUAGAAAGAAUCUUUAGUGCACUAAUAGCAGUUAAUUAUAGAGGUGCUCAGUGUCUGAGUCCGGAAGUGUUCUGUCAGUGACUUUUUUAUUGCUUCCAAAAUAACAAGCCUACCUUGUUUAGGGUGUGUUCAUAUAGGCACAAAGUACUACUAGCAGUUCAUUUUCGAGGUGGAGUGUCUGUGUGUGUGUGUGUGUGUGUGUGCGUGUGUGUGCGCGCGCGCGCACACACACACACACACAGACACACUGCCAUUUUUAAAGGUGAUAUUAUGAAUAUUGCAUCAUAGCCUAGUCUUCUUUACCUGAAGCUAUUCUGAAGUGAUUAAGAUUUGGAUCUCUACAAAAUGUAGAACAGGUGUGGGGAACUUUGGCCCUUCAGAUGUUACUGAACUGCAACUCCCAUUUUCAGUGGUCAUUGACCAUGCUUGCAGGGGCUGAUGGGUGCUGUAGUUAAGCAACAUCUGGAGGGUGAAAGGUUCCCCUCACCUGAUGUAGAUGAUCAGGUCCUCCUUGAAGAUUUUAUAAGAGCUCUUCAUUUUAAAAUAGUGAUAUUUUCAUUUUUUAAAAAACCAAGUGCUGUCAUAUACAAGGAAUCAUAACUCUUAAAAUUCAUAUAAUGUAAUUAUCUUAUAAUGGAAAAACUGAGUAGGAAAAAUUAUUUACAAGUAAUACCAAAAUAGUAUUCUAAGUUGAUAACAAUUUUCUGCAUUAAAAAAUAUAAAAUACAGUGCCUAAUACUUGUCUGACACCUACUCACAUAACAGCUUAUUCAGUCAAUCACAUAUUUCAUGCUAGCGAUGCUAAAGAGCCUCACAACUCUUGUCUUGCUCUUAUUAAGCAGGUUCUAGCUUAUUUUAUAAAUUCAGCACACAGGUUCUUGCAACUGAAACUCCUUUUUUUUUAAUUGACAGGGAAAAGUUCACCUCGAAUUAAAACUGAAUGAGUUGAUUACAGAUAAUGGAUCAGUCUGCCAGCAGCUAGUCGUACAGUAAGAACAUUUAUCAAUUCUUAUUCUUGUUUUGCUUGCUAAUGAACAUUAACAGGGUAAUUCAAGUCAGCUUCCAGUAUUAUAAAACACAUGAAAACACAAUUAAAAAAUAUAAGCUUAAAGGUUUCAGUACAGCAAACUUAGCCAAUUCAAGUUGAACAAAUGUGUUUUCAAAGAUUCCACUUCAGCAUAAAAUGAACUGACUGACUGCCUUCCUGCUGAAGGUAAAACCACCACCAAGUACUGGACAUGUGGAAGAGACUCUUGUAGACCUUUUUUGGUUCUGUAGUGUUGCUGAAUGCUUGCAGCAAUGUAAUCAGUGGUGUUUUUUAUACACCUUUGGUUAGCAUUGGUGUCAUGAUUAGUGUGUCUCAAGUUAUACAAAGGAGUAAUGGGAAAGGAAGUUGGCAAUGUGUCCCAUAAGAUGUGAAUGGACUUCACAGCUGAGGCACAAACAAGAUGGUCCAUCUUUUCUGCCACUGUCUUUACUCACUGCACAUGCACUGCUGCACCUCUGCCUGUGAUAGGGACAAUAACUUGCACAAAGAUGCAUUCAAGAUGCAGAUACCAAUGUUGUCUGAGUUCUCCCUCUACUGCUUACAUCAGUGGAAGAUGUUCCAAGGUUUACAGCAGGUCUGCAAGGAUGUUGGCUUGUAUGUUGUGGGACUUCUAAGGGCCAUUUCAUACAGUGGAAAUACAACUGUUCCACCACUAACUUUCUCAAAUAAAAAAAUAUGAUAAUUACCUUUCAGCAACACCCCCUGAAUUACAGUGGCUAAUAAAUAACUUUUUCUUUGACACACUGUUUCCCCCAUGAUAGUUAUAACUAAUCAGUUUUACUCAUGUGCUAUAUUCCAAGCUUUGUUCUGGCAGUUGUUAAUUACCAGGUUUCUGAGCCAAUUUCUGACUUUCACUAGUCUUGUUCUAGGAGCAGUCAGAAACACUAGGCUGCUAAUGUAGAACAGUAGUGAAUCUACUUAGGAGAAUAAAAGACAAGGCACAUUCUAACCCCCAAAAGUUCUCUUUUCUCUAGUAUACUAUCUCCACAGUCUGCCUUUUAAUAGACAAAACCAGUUUAACUGGAAGAGGAAGGGACCAAACAUGCUUUGGAUGUGAGCCAAAAUGCUGUUGGCUAGCUUGCUGGAGGAAAGGCUUCCACAAACAUUAGGAGAUGACCAUUCAAAGAGACAAUGUAAUGAAGCUUUGUGAAGUGCUGAGCAGUCACAGCUGGUUUCGCAAGAUUUCAGACAUUCUCUUCUGUAUUCACAGGUCACACACAGGAAGGAGGCAACACCUCUUGUAGAAUCCAAGAAUUAAUUAGCAUGGUUAACUUAGUAUAAAAGUGGUGAGGAAAUGACUGAUCUUAGACAAAUAGAUGGUUUCCUGGAGAGUACCUAGACCUCCAAUGUAGACUAAAUUGACUAAACUUUAAACAUGCAGUUGAAUUCUGCACAAGAAAUAAUAGGAUCCCACUCCCUUUUUCCUUGUCUUAAUGAAGGUAGCCACAAGAGUGAUUGAGGCCAAUUCAGUCCCAAAACUAGGCCUUAACCCAGAGUCUAGAUAAUCAGUAUCUCCCAAGAGUGCCUGAAGCUGAACCAACAGUGUCUUCUUGAGCACCUUAUUAAAAGAGAAAUUCAUGACCAGGCAGUAGUGGUCAUACAUGGUCAGUGUGUCUUUAUCCAUUAGACUUGAAACUGCAACUGAAUUAAUUUGCAUUUUUAAAAUUCUAGCUUGAAGGAAUGUCAUGGACUUCCUCUUAUUAAUGGACAAAAUUGUGAUCCUUAUGCUACAGUGUCUGUUGUGGGUCCUUCAAGGUAAUACUUUUAACAUACAUUCACACUGUCUUAAAUAAAAUAGGAAAAUUAGACCUACACAAAUUUAGUGAUGUUGAAAAGGAAAUGAAUUAUUGCACCAAUUUUCAGUUGAUUAAUGUAGAGAAGCCUAAUGUUAUUAACACAAUUGUGGAAAAUUUAAUCAAUUUCUUGACAACUUUUGACAAAGUAGUUAUGUUUGCCAAAGGACUUCCAUUUGUGCAAUAGGACUUCUCUCCCAGGGUGUCUCCUCCCCCAAGUCUGUUCUGGGAAAAUAACUGAGGAUAUCAGCAAUGUGUGGAAAGACAUUGUCUGGGUGCCAGGUCCACCUGUAGAUAGACAGCUGGUCUACCGACAGAGAAGCAACAGUAAGGUAGACCUGCAGUACAAAUUUCUCAGGCCAGAUCCACCCUCUUCACCAGAAAUGGCCACCACUCCGUGACCAGAUUUUUCAGAAAUGGCAGGCAUAUUAUCUGAUACUAGUUACAUAUGUUUCUUAUUUAUUUGGAAUAUAUACUCCUCCCACAUGUAUGUACACCUAUGUACAACAUUCAUAUUGACUUCAGCAGGGCUACACAAAUUCAAGUUAUCAGUAAUGCAUCCAGUUUACAAAGAAUGCCUUUUCUGCUUGAAGAUAGGCCUUUCAUAAACAUAGUUUAAGUGCAUGGUUCAUUCAUAUCAAUACAGUGUUUUUAUAAUUGUAUGUUUUUAAGUUCUGUAUGGUAAAACUGUACCAUAUUGGAAUAGGAAUGACCAAAAGAAGACAAAAGUAAAGAAGAAAACAAGCAACCCACAAUUUAAUGAAACAUUUUAUUUUGAGGUAAGUCAUCUAUCAAAAUAAGCUUUUGGUGUAUUGUCUGUGCAUUUAUGCUAUCUUCUCCUUUGUUAGCUGACUUAAUAUGUGAGGUCACCAGAGAGAUAGGCAGAGUUUUAGUCAAAGGGUCAGAUUUUAAACAAAAUAAAAUAAUAGAGAAUGAAAACAUAAAUCAGCUUGGAAGAAAAGAUAUAUAGUCUAGUCUUAGACAUAUUGAGUUUGAGAAAGUGAUAGAAAAUCUCCAAAUACAUAUAUUGAAUAAGUUGGCAAAGAUGGAUUAGACAGGGUAGGAGACAUAGAAGUAAAGCUGGAUGUCAACAGCAUAUAGGUGGUAUUGAAAACCAUGAAGUUUGAGGUCUUUUAAGAAGGAGGAACUGCUGGGCACCAAGAGCAGCAUGCUGAAGCCUUAUCCACCCCACCCAAAAGAAAGGAGGAACUGAGGAGGCAUUUCCCAGUGGAAAUAUUGAACAUGUGAUUUGACAGAUAAUGAAGAUCAAUCAGAGAAAAUCUGUAGUGGAGGAUUUCAGGGAAGAAAAGUUAGUUGUAUAAAAGGUAGCAGGCUAUGAAGGACACAGGCAGAGAUCUUUGGAUUGGUCUGAGUUUAAGUAAGAGCAUUCAGUGUAGACCAGAAGAAAAUUGCUAGGAAGUCAAGAACAGUGGGAAUGAACAGUAAGCUUCAGGAGUUUGGAGACAAAUAUGUGGACUGUAAGUUGUGCACAAAUCUUAGGUAGCCAUUUUUGAGGCUAUUUCAAAUAUGUGUAGCUCAAAGGAUGGUUUGAAUUUUCCUGCUAUGAGCUCAUGCAGCUCAAAAUAUGAGCUGCUUUAUUCAUCUUUUUGUAAUAAAGCUUCAUUUCUUCCCAAUCGCUGAUCAGUUUUUUGCUUCAGAAAUCUUGGGCACAGUAUUUGUUCAUAGAUGUUCUCCAUUAUGAUUUCUGAGGUAUGUGGCUAGAAAUGCAGUCUUUGCUUUACAUAUCAGUGGCUUGAAUGGAAGGUUUCUUCGCAGCCUAACUCUGUGGUUUGGCUUUCCCCUGAAUGCUUCUGUUAAUGGUUGUAACUUAGUGAAGCACAUUUUACAAGGUUAAAAAAAAUCUAAUCACCUGCCAAAUCUGAUUUAGCAGCAAGUGUUGCAAAGCUACAUAUUCAAAACAAUUGAUUUGUUUUUUAAAAAAUAGUUUAGUUAUGUAAAUGUGGAGCUAUAGAUUAAAUCUAGUUUAUGGUGUUAAAAUUUAAUUUUGAUAUUCAGUUCUGAAAAUAUCCACAAAUAUCCACAAAGUCUUCUGCCUUUAAGGUCAUUAGCUUAAUCCUUCUGCAGAAUAGAAAGCAGAAAAUCAUUGUUGCUGUGGUUGUGAAUUAUACUUGGCUGAUAACUGUACAAUAUUGACACUAUUGUGUUUAUGAAAUAAUAUGCAGCUUGUAAAAUAUCCAGGAAUGGCUUAUAACAUUCCUCUUGCUCACACGGUCAGCUGUGGUAUGCAUGUCUGUAAUUUUCAUCUACCACACUUGACAUUUAUUCAUAUGGGAGGAGCCCUGGAAAUUGGUGGGGGAGAGGAGGAGAAAAGGAAGAUGGAACAGAGUUUUCUCCAUGCUCUUUUCGGCAGCACAUAUACUAAAAUUAGAAUGAUACAGAGAAGAUUAGCAUGGAACAGAGUUUUCUCCCCUUUUCCUUCCCAUCAGUUCUCAAAUCCCAGCAGCUAACCAGCAAUUUGGGCCCCAAAGCCAAAACAGUUCGGUUAGAAGAUCACUUUGUGACAAACAGACAUGGGUUGUUUGGGAGGAAAAGGAAGGGGUUAGCUUUCUUUCACCUACAAAGCUUCUCUUGAGUGGAGGCACUAGCUCCACAACAAGCCCCCCCCCCUUUCUUCAGAGCUAAUGCCUGCAAGUUAUCUACUGUUGUAUGCACCACAUAUUGCUAGAGCUGGGUUUUGGUGGGUGGAGGAGGCAGUGGUCAUUCCCACCCAUAUUUUAAAUCCGCAGCAUGUCAGCACAAACAUAAGGUUGUAUCCAGUGUUAGCCCUGGACUCAUUGAGAUGAAUGAAUAUGACUAACUUAGGUCCAUUAAUUUUAGCGGGUCUACUUAGUUGGAUACAACCCAUAAAUUAUGUAGACCUACAAAUGAAAUUUUGAUUUAUUUCUCUGAUCCGGUGACAGAGGAAGGUGAAAGUGGUAUGCAUUCCAGAUUCUGGGGACCUGAAUCACUUGAAGAUUCAGGGACUCUCCAGCCUUAGCAUUUCUAGUGGAUCAGUUUGAGAACUAGCUAUUCUCAUCCUGUUGAAAAAUGGUAACUAUGACAACAUACAAUGUAACCCUUUGCUUUUCUGCUUUCAUGCUUCUUCAGUUUGAUGUCUGUGCAGUUAUUCUGCCAUUUAGAAUUCUGGGCAAGGGAAGAAAGAGUUCUCUGACCUUUGAGUGCAAAGUAAACACCCUUAGGCAUCAAGACUGGGCAGCCUUCAAAACAGUAUUGCUGAUGGUAAUUUAUAUGGUAGCUGAUGGAAGGAUGUGAUCCUUUACUACCUUCUCGACCUUUAGUUUAAUCCUUGGUGCCUUAUUUCGCCAGAUCCAAAUUGUAGAUAAGGGCAAUUACAAUUAUAACCCUCUAAAUAUAUUAAGAGUUUUCUCACACAGUUUUGGGAUAUAUUAGAAUAACUUUGAUUCUUUUUGUAGUAAAUGUGUGGUAUUGGUAGACUUCAAAAUGCAAAAGGAGAAAUAACUUACUUACAUGAGUUUUACUUGCAGGUAACAAGGUCCAGUAGUUACACCAAAAAAUCACAGUUUCAGGUGGAAGAAGAAGAUAUUGAGAAGCUGGAAGUCAGGUAUAUUCCUUAGUAUAUUAAAACCGAUUAUUCAUUUUUAUACAAAACUGUCAAUUGUUUUUAUGAUGGAGAUAAAAACAGUACUCAAGGACUACAGAAAGCUGUCCAGAUAAAUAAUAUCCAACUUUGGCUGGAGGCAGGGUGGGUGUAAGUCUAAAGCAGCCUUAGAGAGCUCAUGAUAAUUACUUUCAUAACUUGAACAGUUAAUUUAGCAGAACAUCUGACUACCUGUUUUAUAUAGCAAUUGUGGUAUAUUCAGUAUUACUUAACUAAAACAAGUCUUAUUUCUUUAUAUGCUGUAGCUGGCAUUGGGCUCCCCUGCUCUCUUUGCUAUGGGAAAAAGUUAUCUCUUAGCUCAGUGCUUUCCCCUGGUUGGGAGGGGAGCAGGAAGGGAGUGGAAACACCCGAGUCCCUUUCUUCAUCUUGACUCCACUUGAAACCCAAGGAGAAAGAAUUAUCAUCUGAAAAGCUGAGGAUAGGAAUAGUUUAUUCCUUAACUUGCUUGAACUAUGUAGGGAGGGUAAUUUGGAACAUCUGAGUGAAAAUCACAAUAGGCAACUCAUUUAGGGAGGCAAGGGAACAUCAAUCAUGCCACAACACAAUGGAUUUUAUUUCUUUUCUUCUUAAUAUAUGUGCUGUCUUAACAGAAAUGUCAGUGAGGUAAGACUCAACAACCCACAUAGAGUGCAUGCCUUUGGGAGUCUUACAGCUUUUUAGGUUGUAAGAGCUUGGACUAAAAAAUAAAAACCAGUGCAUGUGUCAUUGAAGUGUUACAGUUUAGUCAGAAAGAGCAAAAAAUAGGAAUAUUAAUAAAUGCAAAUAGAACUGCAAAUGCUUGAGAAGAAAAUGGUAAUGUCACUCUUUUCUUUUUAUUAGUGCCUCAGUUCAUCCAAUAUUGCUUUUAUCUUGUUGAUAAAGCCACACUUUUAACCAAUAUGCUGACAUGGUUGCCUUUUAUAGAAAUAGGACACUUUUUGUCUAACUUAAACUAUUGCGUGUGAGGUUAUAAACUUGUUUGUGUGCAUGCUGAAUUGGCGUGGUUCUCUAUGUGAUGAUAAUGACUCUUACAGUUAUAUGAAAAAUGAUUAUGACAAAAAAUGGUUAACUAUUAUUUAACUUUCAGGAUUGAUUUAUGGAACAAUGGUAACUUGGUACAAGACCUUUUCCUAGGAGAAAUCAAAAUUCCUGUCAAGGUGUUAGGAAGUGAUUCCUUCCAAGCAUGGUAAGACAACUAGGCAAAAGGCAGCUUGUGACAUAGUUAAAACAAAAGGAUAGGUUUUGUUAUCUGUAUGACUGUAUGAAAGUGUUUGUAACUGGAAACAAACAGUUGUGCUACAGUUGUUUCCUGCAGAAUCGUACUUGACAUUAUUCUUCUAGGCAUUGCACUGCCUCACAGCAUUCUACCAGGCCAAAUUUAAAUUUCACUAUUGGUAUAGAAGCCCCUGUACAGCUUGGGAUCAGUUUCCCUGAGACACCACCUCCUUUAUCCCUUAUCUUUUUUUCCUUAUCCAUUGCUAGUAUUGUGAUAAUCUGAAUAUUGUUUUUUGUUAGGUAUUUCCUUUUUCUGCACACACUUUUGAUGGCAGGCUGUUUAAAAAACAUGCAAGUAAAUAAAUGCCAGUUAAGCAUAUAUGUUUGAAAUAUAUUAAUACAUUUAUUUCUUGACUUGCUUACAUCAAGCACCUAAAACUGGUAAUGCUUAAAAUAAUAGUUGAUGCAAGUAAAUGCUUGGUGUACUUCAGUAUUAAUUUAAAAAGUCAAAAAAUUAUCUUAAUAAGCAAAUUCAAGUUAGCUAAAAUAAAAGGAAAGAAGGAAAGGGCAAGGUUAUAGCUGCUUCUUUAUUCUAAACCUAACUUUACUUGGUGAACUAUAAAUAAAAUGCAAAAUGAAUCUCUGUCACUUGGAUUUUCUUUUUUAAGGUACCUUCUACAGCCAAGAGACAAUGGAAAUAAGUCGUCCAAAACGGAUGAUCAUGGAUCACUUAGACUGAAUAUAUGUUAUGCUGAAGACUAUGUGCUUCCAUCACAGUACUAUGCUUCCCUCAGAAACUUGCUGCUAAAGUCAUCAGAAGUUGAGGUAACCUGCUUUGGGGACUGUUUAACCAUUUAAGAGCAUGUUAUACCAUAUCAUAUUUGCCUCUUGGCCGGUGUCACAAUUCUACCUUGCAUGGCUGUAAAAGGAUACCCAGAUUUGUCACUGCAGUCAUAAUAAUAAUUAUAGAUAGAUAGAUAGAUAGAUAGAUAGAUAGAUAGAUAGAUAUAGAUAUAUAAAAAAUAAUACUGUUACUUAUAAGUACUUAUAAUUCUUUUACUUAUCUUAGUAUGUGUAGUUAUAGGUAACACUUACUUUUUAAAAAUAGGUAAAUACUCUUGUAGAGGUACACUGUACAAUCAUGAGAGUAUUUAACUAUUUUUUUAAAAAGCCACUCCUUGUGUCUUGAAAAGGUGGCAUUUCAAAAGCUAUUUGAUGUUGCUGGCUGAGAAUUGCAGUUCAAAGAAAAUGUUCUAGGCAUGCAUAAUCCAGGGUGAAUUUAGAACAUUAUACGUCUACAUUUUGGAAUUGAUUCAAAUUCUGGUGGUUCUGUUGUCUUUCCAUUUGGUACAACUGGUACUUAUUUCAGUUAUAUUUCCCCCCUUUUAUAGCCUAUUUCUGCUUCUUCUGCUUACAUUUUGGCUGAAGUAUGUCGAGAUAAAUAUGAUGCCAUUUUGCCUCUUGUAAGGUUGUUGAUACAUCAUCAUAAACUAGUACAAUUUAUCACUGCAGUGGCAGAGUUAGAAUUGACGGAUACCCAGUAAGUAUUUCAUUUUCCCUCUUUUCUUCCUCCUCCCAGUAUUGGUGUCCAUGACAAGUGCAUAUUUCUGUAAUUUAAAGAUGUUUUAAACUGUUUUAAAUAUUGUGUUUUAAUUGUUGUAACCUGCCCCUGGGACCUUGGGGGAAAGGCAGGUAUAAAUUGUAAUAAUAGUAAGCGUGUAAAACUUGUAAAAUUUGCUGCUCCAAACUACCUUAGCAAAAGGUAUCAAACAAGUUGCUUGAUGGUAAUGCAAAAUGCAUGCUUGACAGGGGUCCACAAAUGAACUUGCCUCUGCUAUACAUCGGUCCCCAAUAUACCAAGAAAUUUUGUAAACCACUUUGAGGUUUUCUAUAUUCUAUAAUCAAGCAGUAUAAAUUUUAUGAAAUAAAUAAGUAAACUUAAAUAAGAACUAUAGUAGAACUAAACUGAACUAAAAUUCUGGCAAGGUCCAUUGAUCUCCUGAACCUGAGGAAGGGCAGGGAGUGUCUGCCAGACACUGUUCCCCCUCACUGCCCUAUCAGUGUGGAGCACUUGGGAGACUUCUCUGAAGAUCAGUAUGGCCCCAAAAAUAAUAUGUCACACCCCCCCCCCCCGGUCUCAGGGUGAACACAGAUUUUACUGGUUAAUAAGGUUAGCCAUAGUUUGUGGAACUCUUAUAGUGGAACUCAGGUGGCAGACUAAACUUAGGUGUGUGUCUGUGUGAUCCCAUUACUGUGGAUAACUUGCUGAACCUUCAUUAUUAGUUGGCUAUAUUGCUAGCUCUGCUUUGACUCUGAAUAAAUAUCUAGUGAUACAGCACAACAUUCUACUUGUAGAUAGAACCAGAAGAAAGGACAGUUCGUCCUUUUGUCAAAUAGGAAUGUACUUGUGUAAAGGAAUUGACAUUUUCAGAUGUGUUUUUGAAGAUAGGUUUAGGGAUGUUUAAUUGACAGUUCACUACCAAUACUACCAAACUGGUUGAAAAAGAGGUACCUAGGAUGAUAGGUUUGUGUCUUCUACAUUUUAAAAGUUGUUAGCUUUAAUCAUUGAAGAUAUCUUUCCUAGUCUUGAUUUCUGUCAGUUGUGAAUAGGAUAGGUGUCUGCUUAGGACAGAUUUUUCUUUACAGCUCUAUAAGGAUGACUUAAAGUUUAUAACUAGUUCGGCUUCCAGUAGGCAUAGACACCUAUUUAAUCUUAGUUAGCUAAAUAUAUCGCAGAUAUUGCAGGUGUUUUAAACUCUGGUUUCUGAAUACCAUCUGUAUAUGAGCUAGAUUGCUAGAAACUUUUCACAGAAAACUUAGGUUAUGAUUUAUAUAUUCCUUCCAUCUUGAAUUCUUAAUGAUUCAUAUUGCUUUGCAGGGAAGCAAAUACAAUCUUCAGAGGGAAUUCUUUAGCUACUCGAUGCCUAGAUGAAAUGAUGAAAAUAGUGGGAAAGCACUACCUGAAAGUUACAUUAAAACCAAUUCUUGAUGAGGUACUGUAACAUUAUGCAUUAAAGUUUACAAAGCUGGUUGGUUAAAUAUUAUUUUUUUGGUACUGCUUCCAGCUUUAUUAACCAGUGACUCAGUGCAGAGUUGUUUCUUAGAUAUCAGCCAGUGAGCACCACAACAAAACUGCACUUUAUUAAUAAGGACCACAUAAUACCUGUGUUCCUGCUUGCCACAAAACAUCUGCAUGGCAUGACGGGUUAUCGUGACUCUUGUAAAGUGUAGAAGGGUUCCACUACACAUAUUAUGGGAAAUCUCUACAGCUUCCAGACAAGUGUGGUGGCUUUCCAUAUGAUUGUAAUCUGCAUGCUGUGUCCCUUAAAUGCAUAUACAGUGGUGCCUCGCAAGACGAAAAGAAUCCGUUCUGUGAGUCUCUUCGUCUAGCGGUUUUUUCGUCUUGCGAAGCAAGCCCAUUGACGGAUUAGCGGAUUAGCGCUAUUAGCGGCUUUUAGCGGCUUAUCAGCUUAUCGGAUAAGCAGAUAAGCGGCUUAGAAAAAGGGGGGGGAGGAAAAAAAACCCGCAGGAACUCGCAAGACAUUUUCGUCUUGCGAAGCAAGCCCAUAGGAGCUUCGUUUUGCGAAGCACCUCCAAAACGGAAAACUCUUUCGUCUAGCGAGUUUUCCGUCUUGCGAGGCAUUCGUCUUGCGGGGCACCACUGUAGUAUGCAGACGUGUUUCUCAAAAGUAAGAAUACUACUGCUAAAUGAAUGAAGUUGCCUAAGACAACUCAUACCUAAAUGUACUGGAAGUGAUCUCUUCAGUAUCAUCCAUGUAUGUGUACGUGCACCUGUGCCUAUGUAGUUCUGAUCCUAUUCAUAUAAGUCAGUUACAGGAAGGAAACAGCUGGUGUCUGUUCUUAACAAUUCAUAUACAUAAAACUUCUUCAUCGGGGCUAGCCUGAAAUCCAGUCUCCAGGAUCAUGAGGGGAAGGGGGUAAUAAAGCACUUAUUAACUUUACUAGAUUGCUACUGUGGGUGCACCUUUUCAGCAUAUUAAGGAAGACUGGAAGAAAAGAAAAGGAGGGAAAUCAAGGUACCUUCCUCCUUGAGGAUGCAUGGUUUUAAGGUGUGAGUGCAGCCACUAGAAACAUAAACAUGCAGUGGCCAUCUUUUUUUCAAAAGUUUGCAGUAUGCCUACAGGCAGCUUUUGGGGAACAUUGAUGGGUUUUGCCCCUCUUCUUACCUCUGGCUCAGUAAAGGAGAACAGACCUGAAUAAUGCCCUGUCCUGAUAUAACUGACUAAAAUUUUACUCUUGUUUUCAGAUAUGUGAUAAUCCCAAACCUUGCGAAAUUGAUCCUUUGAAACUGAAAGAAGCUGAUAAUGUUGAAAUACACCAGGUGUGUUUAAGUGAUUUUGUUCAGCUUAUAUUCAAGGACCUAGUGCAGAGGUGGGGAAUCUCAGGCCUGGCCCUGAGGCAGCACUCUAAGCCUGUCUGUCUCAACCUCUGGACUCUUCUCGGCUACACCCCUAUUGGCCCUGCUUAGUGCUCUCUUUGAGUGUUUUUGCCUGGCUAGAAUGUGUUAUUGAACUUUGAUAAUGCCUCUUGCUUUUCUUAAUGAAGGACAGAGGUGUGUAAACCAGCCUACUGUAUAAAGGUAAAAUUUACAUUAAUUGAUUUGUCCAUUUUUGCCUCCAGUGUCUCCUACCACUGGCAUAUGGGACCUAGAAGGUUGCCAGAAUGCAGCCUUGGGCUGCAAAAGGUUCCCCACCCCUGAGCUAGUGUAUAAUCAAUUUUUGGAGUGAUAAAUGUUAGCCAUGCUAAACUUCAACAUCAAGCAAAAUUGCUUAGAAUCUGAGUGUAAUUCUUCCACUUGUGUUGACUUCCAGUUACCAAUGUUCUCUGUAUAUGGUAACUUCCAUUAUGUAGACCUCAGUAUAAAUAAGUACUACUGUAAAUUAGUUCAUAAUUCAGUUCAUAAUACUGAACAUGCACCUUACAUUGUUGGGUUCAAAACCUGGACCCAUUAUGGUAGCCUUGAGAGUUGGUGCUAUUAAGUAUCAGGUUACUCUUUGUUCAAAUAAAAGUAUUAGUGAGCUGCAAUAGAGAUAGAAUUUGUAAGCCACUUUGUACCAUAAAAAUGCUGUUUCUAAUUAUUAACAGUAAGCAUUGGUAGUGAUAUAUGGAUUGUCUUUUGGCUAGCUUGUACCAUUGGCAGCAGUGAAAGUAGAUGUCAGUGCACUUUUCUAUUGUGUAACUAUGUAUACAGGUAACUCGCAACUUAUGUGUGUUUUACAUGCAUAAUUUGAACUUUAUGCGCUUGGCCGAAAAAAAUAAAUCAAAAGGGGUGAGCAUCUGGCGGGGGGGGGGCAUAGGCAAUCCCACCUGUCAUUGCCACCCCACCUUGGAGAUCAUGCAGAGGGAGAGUACAAGUUGCCUUGGGAGAGCAUGGGAGGGGAGAGAGUAAGAGUGGCCUUGGAGAACGUGUGCUGUGCUUUUUAUGGGGGGCAUUUCCAAGUUUCCACAGGGUUGUUUUGACUAUACUCUAUUUUGGCUUUACACUCUAUAUCUCUAGAAUGUAACCCUCACGUAAGAUGUGAUUAACCUGUACAUAUGCCAGUGUGUUUUAUUGACCUUUAAAGUAUAUGAUCUACAUUUGCCUCUGUUCCCAAAAGAUUGCCAUUGUUAUGCUAGAAUGGAGAACUUGUAUGUAAAAUUUUGUAUUAGAUUUUUCUUUGACAAUAGAAUAAAACAGUAUGGAUUUCUGAAAUAAUUUGUUUGCCUUCUAGGAAAAUCUGCGCUUCUAUGUUGACAAAGUAUUCAGUACAGUUGUACAGUCAAGUAUAAGUUGCCCUAAAUUAAUGUGUGAUGUGUUCUGUUCUCUGAGGCGCUUGGCUGCUGAAAGAUUUUCUAGUAAGUGUAUUUUUUUAAUUAGAAACUUAUGUAAGACUUCUUGAAGUCCAUGGAAGUGUUCUCAAAGAGUUGUCCAGUAGCAUUCAUAAGGAAACUGAAAUGACUAAAUUUGCAACUUUACAUUUUCAAUAGACUUUAAAAAUGUUUAUUGUAAACAUGAUCUGCUUUCUGUAAGCUGUGUACGGAGUAUAUGUAUUUGUUAAUCUAUACUAUUUGGCAUCAGCAGAACUGCAUGCUUGUUAUACCAAAGCAUCAGUAUGAAAAGAGCACAAGAUAAGAGACAUACAGUAUAAGAGAAAAAUACAAACACAGAUCGUGUUUUAAAAUGUUGCAUUAGACAACAUUUUGAAAUACAGCCAUGCAUCUGUUAGUGUUACUUAUUGGUUAAAAUGUGUGAAGCUUUGAAUAGCAAGUUGAAUAGUACGUUGUUAUACGUAUUCUAUAUUGAACAUACAUAUACUAUACAACAUCUCCCCCAACAUAAAAAAGGGGAAAUAGCCUUCUUGGUAUAGAGUAAAAUAUGUGUUCUCUGAAAACUAUUAGAAUGUAUAAUUUAUCUGAUAUAAAAUAUAAAUAGUUGCUUCAAUUGUACAUAAUGAUAAACGAUGGUUUACAUAAGGGAUGGGGAACCUGUUCCCUCCAGAAUAAGUUGAACUCCUAACUGUAAAUGUCUCUUACCAUUGGUCAUGCUGGCUGGGGCUGAUUGGUUUACAUUAAUGGGCCUUGCGUUUAUGAGCUCCCCAUUCCCUUUUCUCCAGCACAGCUGUGAAGCAAAUCAAAGUCUUAACUAUGGUUUAAGUAAACAAGCCAACUUCAAAUCCUGGCUUGUUUCCAUAAAACAUAGAGAAGAAUUGGUAUAGUUUUUAGUUCAGACACAAUAAUAAGCCAUGAUUAACUGAAAACAGAAGCAAACCCUUCCAGUUUCCUCUCUGCAAUAGUGCUGGAGGAGGGGAGAUGGAGCUCACAAGCUCAAGGUUUGUGUACAUGACUAAAUCAUAGUUUAGGUACAACCAGAUGUGUUACAGUUCUUAUUUGUGCCCAAUAACAAAUGGCAAAAGCACCUUGCAUCAUAACCACACUUUCAUUUCAUCCUACUUGCUAGUUCUUUAUUCUGCCAAAGAACAGUACUUCUUUUUCUAACGACAUUAUCCUGCUAAAGUUUUUCAUUAUCUUCAUUUCCUACCAACUUGUAAUACAUCUUACAUUUCAUGGUUUUUCUCUGCAGAUGACCCUCAUGUACAAUAUUCUGCAGUGAGCAGCUUUAUAUUUCUUCGUUUCUUUGCUGUAGCUGUAGUAUCGCCUCAUACUUUCCAUUUACGACCUCAUCAUCCCGUAAGUUUUAAUAAUGUUCUGUCCAAACUCUCUAGGCAAGGUUUGUUAGGAAGAUAAAUAUAGAAAUAAGCCUAGUGUUUGCAAUGUGAAUGGAGAGUUGAACUGUGAGUUUUUAGGCCCCUAGGAUAUAAUUUAAGUAAACUCUAGGUAACUACAUAGUCCCUAAGUCCCCACAGUUCUGAGCUAUUAUCCUGCCUGAAUAUUAAUAAUAAUAAUUGGAAAAUUGAUAUGAGUAGGUAGCUGGCACCCUGAUCACUUGUAUGGUAUAUGGUUGCAUUUUCUAUUGACUUCAAAGUAAUCUCAAACAGUGACAGAAAGCCGUAAAAGAGAAGUCUGGGUUAUCUUGAAGGGGUGUAUGGAAAGCUAUAUUGUUAAUAUUCUGGUAAUAUGUAGAGAAUGUUGUUCAGGAUGUCAAAUGGGACAGUUAUAGCUUGGUAUCAUGUGAAACAUUCUAUGUAACUUUUCCUACACAGAGAUGUUUUCAUUGUCGUAAGAACAUAGCAUAGAAAGUGGCCUCAAAAGCAUUGUGCACUGCUCAUCUCAAAAAAGAAAAUAUUCCACAAUAAUAGCUUUAUUUUCUUGGGUUAUUGAUGCUCAUUUGUAGAUUGUCUUAUAAGAACUUAAAAAGAGCCCUGCUGGUUCAGGCCAAAGGCCCAUCUAGAUCAGUGUCCUGUUCUCACAGCGACUAACCAGAUGCAUAUGGGAAGCCCAUCACAACCCUCUUUCCCAUUUGUGAGUCUCAGCAACAGUAUUCAAAGGCAUCAGUUUUGCAACAUUGCUUAUGAAGUAGUAGUGGAGUGAACUACCUGGAUCUAAGAUGUUAAACAUAUGGAAAAGCUAUUAAAAAUCAAUAUACUCUUUAUGGCCAGGGGUUGGCAAGGUUUACCUCGCCUGGACCGGUUCACUCCAGCAGAGAUCCUUCUGUGGGCCGGAUUGCACGCAUGCAUGAACGCAUGUGCCUGCAAUUUCCGGCGUCUGUGCAGAUGGGAUUUCUGGCACUGCAGAAGUGAGUCGCUGUGCCAGUUUAGCGCAGUGCACGGGGACUCGCCGAGUGGGCGGCUCGGGGGCCAGUUAAACGACCCCCGUGGGCUGCUUGUGGCCCAUGGUCCUUAGGUUGCCUACCCCUGCUUUAUGGCAGUGUACUUCCUUAAUUAGAGGAUACUGAACAGUACUACUGUACUGAGAGCCAGUGUGGUGUAGUGGUUAAGAGCGGUGGACCCGUAAUCUGGUGAACCGGGUUUGCGUCCCCGCUCCUCCACAUGUAGCUGUUGGGUGACCUUGGGCUAGUCACACUUCUCUGAAGUCUCUCAGCCUCACUCACCUCACAGAGUGUUUGUUGUGGGAGAGGAAGGGAAAGGAGGUUGUUGGCCGCUUUGAGACUCCUUAGUGUAGUGAUAAAGCAGGAUGUCAAACUCUUCUUCUUCUGUAGCUACUGUUCAUGUAAUCAGUGACAUGUGUUUUCUGGAAAACUUUGAAUUGGAAGUUUUUCCUAUUCGCGUUGCAUAGGCUAACUUGCAUCAGAAACAUAUUCUGAUCCUCCAAAGAGUGAUUUAACAUCCCCCCCCCCAUAUGCCACAAAGCAUUUGACCACAAAUAUUUGAGGGGAGAAAUUAAUGCACACUUAAUAUGUAUUGUUAUGUAGACAUUUUUCCUGCAGUACUUAAAAAGAUUUAAAGACAAUGUUAGAGUUAAUUACCUGUAAAACAUUAUUUACAACUUUGAAGCUGCCAAGCUUGCCUAAUGUUUGCAAUUGGCAUCCAUUCAGUAUUACUAAUGAACUUAUGACAGAAAACAUUUUUCCAAAACAUUUUCUGCACCACUGCAUGUAGUUCCUGGUUCCAUGUACUUGGAGCAAUGUCCUUUCUAUGCUCCCCACUUCUUACCAGCACACCAUGUAUCCACUGUACUCAUUUUCGCCUGUCACUGUUCCCUCUCACUCAUACCUCCUCUUAGGAUUCUGAUCCUUGUUAGCAAAAGAGGAGAGACUUAAUUUCAUAGAAGUGGCACCGCUGUGUCCUUAGGCAAAACUAGGUAACUAUGUGGUUUGGUGAGGUCGAAAUACAUUCCUUCAUGUAGCAUCCAGUCGUUAUAUUGGGGACCAUAUAUCACAAUUUCAGAAGGGGCAUUAAUAGAAAUGUCAGAUUUAAUUCAAGACGCUAUUCUGCUACAAAAUAAAUAUUCAGCUAGUUACAUGAAUUGGAGCAAAACAAUAUUGCUUAGUCUCUGAUUCAAAGAUUAUGUUAGGGCAUAGCCUUUAAAUAUUCAAAUAAGUGAAAUGUUUCAGUGUCAGAUUAUACAGGUCUGUGUAUUGUAAAGUUAGCACAAAUGUUUAACAUCUUAAGUAUGGAUAUUUAUAUAAAACACUUAAAGGUUUUCUUGCAAUGAACUGGUAUAUACAUCUUUUAAAUGCAUUUUGAUAAAUAAAUGAAGUAGAAUUUCUCUGUGAAACCUUGGCCCCUUUUAAGCAAUAAAGUACAGCUCUUUUUGCCUGGUGGAGACGUAUCAAACUGUAGAACCAGAAUCUAUAAUGUAAGAUGUUUCAUCUACUAAUAGAUUGAAACAGUACCUCUCAUGAGGGGACUUCUGCUCACUGAAAUAAUACUCUCAUUGCCCAGUAACAGAUUUUCACCUGCUCCUCAUGCCCUCCCAAACAAAUCUCCUCUGAAUGAUUGAAGACCUUCCAGAACAGUAUGGGAGGUGCACAAGGAGCUGCAGGAGCAUUGGCAAAAAUUAUAUCCUUCCCCCAUGCUGUGCCACUUCUAUUAAUACGGGCUUCUGCUUGUAUCAAAGGCCCUUGUGCUCAUGAAAAUUUGUUGGAGUCUGCAAAACACUGCUUCAUGCUGUGUCCAUCUCCAUGAUGCUUAUAUGAAAGCUGCCAUGUGGCGGCUGUGCAGUAAAGUACUUGGUAGAUGUUAUUUCAUUGUAAUACUAUUACUUAUUUAACAAGAUUUAUAUACAAUUUAAUCAUCAAGUUUCUAAGUGCUUUACAUAAAAUAUAACUUAAAAAUAAUAGAAUCAGAUGUUAAAAACAAGGUGACCCAAGAUUCAAAAUUUAAAUCAAAUCAGUUUAAAAAAUGUUUACAUUAUAAAAUCACAUAUUAAAAUACAUGUCACAUGUGCAUGUCUGGGUUGGCUUGCCUGAAAAAAUUUUUUUAGCAGGGGCCUAAAACAAUACUAUGACACCAGUAAAAUGGCAACUUUACCUGUUUCUUAUAUGUUUCUUUUAGGAUGCACAGACAUCUAGAACAUUAACCCUUAUAUCAAAAGCCAUUCAGACACUGGGGAGCUGGGGAAGUUUGUCCAAAAGCAAGCUAGUAAGUACCUGAUGAUUUAUUCUUUUCUUUUGCUUCUGGUAUCUUGAUUGCUAAGGUUUACUCACUUCCAUUUCCUCUCUUUUAGUCAAGCUUCAAGGAGACAUUUAUGUGUGAAUUUUUCAAAAUGUUUCAGGAAGAGGCAUAUAUUGAAGCUGUCAAAAAGGUAUUUUAUAUAUAUAUAUACACACAUUAUUUUAGUUAAAGCAUGUGUCCAUUUUUUUCUUGCAUUCCUCCAAGGAUGUCAGGAACUGUACUUGGAGGCUAUCCCUUUUGAUUCACACAACAGCACUGUGAGGUAGGUUAGAUCAAUAGAUGGACGAAUCAAUUGCUCACAGCUGGCUAGUGGUUUGAACCCAGAUCUUCCUGGUACAAGUCUAAUCCUCUGUUUACUGCACAAUGCCACCCUGUACCCCUCACAUGCACAAAUGUUUUGCUAAAGUACAAUGGCAACAAAGUUUUUAAGAUGCAAUAUUUUAGAUCAAAUGUGAAGGUAAAAUGCAGAAACAACAUCUUAGAACUGUAAAUUAACUUUGGUUAGCUUAGAGUUCAUGUAUAUUGAUUUUUUGAAAAGCUUCUACAGUUGUGUAUGGAAAACAAUUCACAUUAUUUUAACAUGUUCUCUUUUAGUUUUUAGAUGAGGUAUCAUCUACUGAAACUAAAGAGCCAAGUGUCAUGAGCGAGUCGAUUCAUCUAAAAGAAGGGUAACUGAAGUACAAAGUACUUUAUACUGACAAGUGUUUUGCUUGAAUACAUUAUUUUUGUCAUCUCUUUGAACUAGUUCCAGCCUAGAACCUUUGCUUCCCUGACUACUUAAGUGCCAACUCUCUCUGAGGCAGUAGCCUACUUACAUAUGUGCAUAAUUCCUUGCUCACAUUACCAUUGUAUACAAAAUACCCCUUUUUAUCAGUACAAGAUUCCUGCAAGGAGAGGAUAGUUAUUGUAGUUAAUCACCCUGUAGCGUAAAGGUAAAGGGACCCCUGACCAUUAGGUCCAGUCGUGGACGACUCUGGGGCUGCGGCGCUCAUCUCGCUUUAUUGGCCGAGGGAGCCAGCGUACAGCUUCCGGGUCAUGUGGCCAGCAUGACUAAGCCGCUUCUGGCAAACCAGCAGCGCACGGAAACGCUGUUUACCUUCCCACUGCAGCGGUACCUAUUUAUCUACUUGCACUUUGACGUGCUUUCAAACUGCUAGGUUGGCAGGAGCAGGGACUGAGCAACGGGAGCUCAUCCCGUCGCGGGGAUUCGAAUCACCGACCUUCUGAUCAGCAAGUCCUAGGCUCUGUGGUUUAACCCACAGAGCCACCCGCGUCCCCACUUAGCCUUAAAUUGAUGGUUGGGAAGAACUUGCAGAGCUGCAACAACCACCUUGCAUUUUCUUUUUAAAGUGGAAUGAUGUGAGCAAGUCUGGGAAAGAGAAAUAAUAAACAUGAUUUCUUCAUCUUACAUCGUGAACUUUGAGGAUGUUACUAUAGCAACUAUACAUAAACGUGCUCUUUACACCAUUAUAAAUAUUUAUAUUUUUUUUUAUAUAUGCUUACUAUAAAUCGGUAUCAGUGGGUAGAAUUCAGUGUUCUAUGAUGAACAUUUUGUCUGCACAAAUAUUUCAGCUUGCUAGACAGAACUCUCCUCCCUCUGCAUGUUGUUCUGGGGUUCUCUUGACCCCAAUAAAUAAUUAUGGGAGAUGUGGGGAGAGGUGCAGGGGAAGCACAGUGGUUCCGCUGACAGGUUUCAUUAGAUGAAUACUACCCUUAAACUCAAAAUCCAGUGUCUUAAGAUAUCCUUGCAUUAUACAAAGGUUAAAUGUUUAUAAUUCAAUGUAACAUAAAACACCCUUUAUUAUUGGAUAUUCAAAGACCUCUUUAUACUAUCAGUCAAGGACUUCAGUUUUUAUUAUAAAAUAUUCUGCUGUUCUCUCCCUUCCUUAUAUAAUAUACCAAUUUUUUCCAUUAGUGCAAAUCCCCACAUUUUAUCAGUUCACUCGCUUACAGUUGGUAUCACGUGUAGUCUCAAUUUAUUUCUGUAUAUUAUUCUUGAUGCUGUCAGUAUAACCAAAUAAAUAUGUUCUUUUUUCCCCAAUCAUUAAAUAAAUAAGAAAAAACAGGAUCUUUUUUCUUUUUAUAGACUUAAAAAUUGUCUUUCUGGAUUCUAAAUCAUAUUUAUUCCUAAUAGUUCUGGGUUUUUUUAUUCAACUUUGUAUCCUACUAAAGUCUCAUAUUCAACUAUAAAUUGUUCAAUUUCCGACAAAGAAAUGGUGGUCCACUUAGUGUUAUAACUAUAUAACAGACUGAGGGUGAAUCCUGACAAGACAGAAGUACUGUUUUGGGGGGACAGGGGACGGGCAGGUGUGUGGGACUCCCUGGUCCUGAAUGAACCAGGUGCGUACCUGGGAGUCAUUUUGGACUCACAGCUGUCCCUGGAGGCUCAGGUCAAUUCUGUGUCCAGGGCAACUGUCUACCAGCUCCACCUGGUACACCGGCUGAUACCAUACCUGCCUGCAGACUGUCUUGCCAGAGUGAUGCAUAUUCUGGUUAUCUCCUGCUUGGACUACUACAAUGCGCUCUACGUGGGGCUACCUUUGAAGGUGACUCAGAAACUACAACUAAUCCAGAAUCCGGCAGCUAGACCGGUGACUGACUGGGAGUAACCUCAGGGACCUUAUAACACUGGUCCUAAAGGAUCUUCAUUGGUCCCAGUGUGUUUCUGAACACAAUUCAAAGUGUUGCUGCUGACCUUUAAAGCCCUAAACGGCCUUGGCCCAGUAUACCUGAAGGAGCAUCUCCACCCCCAUUCUUCAGCCCAGACACUGAGGUCCUCCUCUGAAGGUCUUCUGCUGGUUCCCUCACUGCAAGAAGUGAAGUUACAGGGAACCAAGCAAAGGGCCUUCUUGGUAGUGGCACCCUCCCUGUCGAGAUAAAAGAACUACAUAACUUUUAGAAGACAUCUGAAGGCAGCCCUGUAUCCGGAAGUUUUACUGUUUGAUGUUUUAUUAUGUUUUGAUAUAUGCUAUAAGCCACCCAGAGAGGCUGGUGAGACCCAGGCAGUUGGGUGUGGUAUAAAUAACAAAAUUAUUAUUUUAUUAUUAUUAUUUAUUAUAUUGCUUGUAAGGAUACGCCGGUCCCCUUACCAAACACAAUGCAUUCCCUGGAAAUUGUUUGUUAGGUGAGCGUUUGUUUAAGGAGUCCACAAUUUCCAUUGAUUCCUAUGGGAACAUAUCUAAUUGGAGGAUUUGUCCCAACUCUCUUCAUGGUUUCUUCCUAAAAUUGCUGCAGCCUACCAGUAAAAGACAAACAAGGGAAAAACUGAUUAGUUCAGUCUCUCCUGCUCCCUGAUUUGUCUGAGCUUGCUUCCUGCAUGGUUUCUGCUCCCAAAUGGCUACUGCUGGCCACCAAAGCACACAGUAAGGAAGUUGGCAAACUCUGGAUGUUUGGAUAUCUGAAUCUGUGGAGUGGUUUGAGCAUAAUUAGAUAAGUAUUUUUUUGCAUAAUGAGUAGGCAGAUUGAAGGACCUGUGUGUAAGUGUAACUGGGAACUCUAUGGGAAGCAUUUUGAAGGUUUCUGCUUAAUAAUCCUUUGUAUUCUGUUCACAGGGAAAUGUAUAAAAGAGCACAAGGAAGAACACGUAUUGGGAAAAAGAAUUUCAAAAAGCGUUGGUUCUGUUUGACAGAUAGAGAGCUCACUUACCAUAAGCAACAAGGUAUUAGUGCUGCUUAUUUGCAACUUCAGCAUUUUAAGUUACAGGAUGUGGUCUAUUUAUCUGUAGUGCAGACUUUGUUCUUUCGUUAUGGUAAUUAAAGGAAUUCAUUAAAACAGAAUCCUGUUUUUGUUCAAAGUGGUAUAAAGUAGUAAAAAUAUGUUGUCUUCUAUAUUUUGAAGGUAUUUUUAAAUUCCAAUUCGUAUUUCCAAACCCAGUGCUAGUCUAGAAAAAGAGGUGCCAGAACUCACCGUGAACGCCUCCUCCCUUGUUCUCUUAUGAUGGCAAUGGUGCCCUCCUGAGAGGUGCCAGAACUGCGUUCUUGUGAGUUCUGGCUGAAAAAAAGCCCUAUCCAAGCCUACUUACUUUCUUACCUAACAGAGGCACUUGCAUAUAUGUGUUAACCAUAAUAGAGUUGGCAGGCAUAUGCUUUUUCUAUUGCUCUUGCUCCAUAGGAAAUGAAAAAUGGAAUGCUAGAGUUCAAUUCCAAAUUUUACUAAGAUUUUGUCUCCAGCAUUAUUCUAAUCAAUAGUUUUCUUUUCUAUAGUUUGUACCAAUUUACUCAUUCUUAUUUACACAGAUAAAGAUCCUAUUUACACCAUUCCAAUCAAAAACAUCCUUGCAGUGGAAAAGCUUGAUGAGAAUGCCUUUAACAGGAAAAACGUAAGCUGGAUUUAGUUUUGAAAUAUUAGUUAAGAAUACACUUAGUUUUUAAGCUAACUGCUCCACAGGGCAUUUGUUCUUGGAAAAUAACAUUAUAUUAUUAUCAUAUUUACUUGCAAUGCCCCCAUCUUUUUGAAACAUUUAUCAACCAUAUUGUAGAUCAGAGCUGAGCAACCUAAACUGGCUGGCAGGUCAAAUUCUUAUCUCCCCUAUCUCUCAUUGGCCAAAUUUGAGAGCUCCACAGAGCUGCCAUCCUGUCAAUUAAAUGAAAUAACAAUGACAUCAGAUGAUGAUUGUGCAAUGCUUUGACACCCUACUGAUGAAAAGACUCAAAAUUAUCAUCUUUCUGCUGAUGUUGGUGGGGGGCAUAAUAUCUGGCCUGCUUUCUGCAGGGAUCAGCUGCAUGAUCAACUUUCCACACAGAAAUCCAGUUGUGGGGCAGCUGAACAUGGUUUGAGGAAACUGGCCAAAUUGGGACCCAUACCAGGUCAAAUUUAGCCUGGACAGGCCAGAGGUUCUCCACUCUUGUAGAUGGAACUUAACAUAUAAUUGAGGGAAAUGCCGUGAAAAGUACCCUGAGUUAAUAGAUUUAGGACAGGCUUCCUCAGCCUCGGCCCUCCAGAUGUUUUUGGUCUACAACUCCCAUGAUCCCUAGCUAGCAGGACCAGUGGUCAGGGAUGAUGGGAAUUGUAAUUUCAGAACAUCUGGAGGGCCGAGGUUGAGGAAGUCUGAUUUAGGAGGUCUAAAUAAGAAAUACUGGUUAAGAUGUCUAAGCAGGCAAUGUGCAUCUACUAAACUAUGAAUUGAAACUCAUGAAACUCUAUAACAUUUGUUAUCCCGCAGAUAACAAAAUUUCUGCUCAAAUAUCUAUCCACCAGCUAUACACACACAUACACGUGGGGAUGGAUACAUAUAUCCAUAUCACGGCCUAGCCAAUUGUCCUGGAUCCAUACUGGACAACAUCAAGCUUAUAAAUAAACUAAAGAACUGGCUUACGUGAAAUAGAUAAUUAUUAAAGCCUCGAUUGAAAAUAGACUUCUAAUUUGGAGGGCAAAGGUCCUUAAAGGUAAAUGCUUAAUUUCAAAAUAGUUGAAAAACAUUACCCACAAAUACUUCGUUCAUAUAUGCAGUCAAUACAUUACAACUUAACAAUGUCCUUAUAUAGCAAAAGAGUUACCUUAGCUGCUGAUAACUUGAUACUGUGACAGUAAAAUGUAUAUGCAAAUAUCAUACAACAAUGGGGAGGAAAUUAAUACAGGCAGUGGCCAUUUUACGCUUGUCCAAUAUGUGCGCAACCACACAAACAUAUCCACAACCCAGAAGAGGCCAGAAAAGUGAGUGGGGGUCAAGAAUGUAACCCCCACCCAAAAUGGUUUUUGUCUGUAUAGCAAAAAGUGACCAGUUUAUACAUUUUUUGAGUCCUGUACUACUUUUAUAGCCGCCAUCCAACCAAUGUCAUCCUUAAGCCCACAGGGCAUUAAUAAACACAAGGCAGGUUCAAUUUGGGGUGCACUUUCUUUCAUAUUAAGGUUUUUGGUUGAGAAUACUGUUUUGAUUCUUCCUAUUAAUGAUUAUUUUCCAGAAGGAGCUGCUGCUUGAAAUAUAAGGGGCAGGAUCCCGCAUAAUGUUAGCUCAAGAAGCAGGAGAGUUGCUGUUGUGCAAGCCAUUUUGUUGUGAAAGCAGGGUAUAUGUUAUGUUAACACUGUUCAAGCUCUUCUGCCCACCCAAAGCGCCUGUUAGAACCUGCUGUUGCAGUACAUGAGGAAUGGGGCUUCUGCUAGUCACACGACUGUUGUGCUAGUAGCUGCCACAGUUGAGUCUGUUUCUUGGUUUAUGAUGUAAGAUGGGAUGGACAAGAAGAAGGAUGUCACGAUAAGUAACAAUGUGGCUGCCGAGAGAACUAAGCUGAUGAAGGGUGUAGCAUUGCAGUCCUGCUACUAAGCAACAGAACAGAAAUUUCACAAAAUUGCUAAAUAAAACAGCAAAUGAAGAGAAUUUUGUGUCGUUUGGAGUCCUGUGAAUAAACUCUGGGUUGCUGAAUAAAAAGGAUAUUUUCUUUCUCAGAUGUUUCAAGUGAUACAUGCUGAAAAGCCACUCUACGUGCAAGCAAAUAAUUGUGUGGAAGCUAGUGAGUGGAUAGAAGCUCUCUGUAGGAAGAGCAGAUACAACGAAAGCAGACUGAGUGUUUAUCAUCCGUCUGCUUUUUUGAAUGGAAACUGGCUUUGCUGUAAGGCUACAUCAGAGAACUCAGAAGGUUGCACACCAUGCACUGUGUAAGUAACAUCUGCAAAGAAAGAUGUAUACUUGUUUGGAAAUAGAAAUAAGAUUGGUCUCUGCCUAUUUUUGCUGGGAUUUCAGUCAGUCCCUGGCAUGUUUGUUGCCUAAAGGGGCCUCUUAGCAGAAUAGUGUGUGUAUGUUUAAGGCUGCUUGUCAUAAUAGUUAACCUAGGAUUUGUAGCUAGAGAGAUGUGUGCUUCCUAUAUGAUAUAUUCCAGUCCUUUAGUUCACAGAUAGCAGGUGGAAGGAACAGGCAACAUUGUAAUCGGGAAAAUAGAUAGCAUUGAUGGCGGGAGCCAGUUGCAUGUGUUAAACUGCUUUAGACAAUGGUUUGUAACAUACAGUGAAGGGUGGAGAUGUAUGUAUAUGUAUAUAGUUUAUAAACUUUUAAUUGCAGGGGUGUGCCUAAUGACAUCCAAAUAGAGAUUGAUGGGGAUCGAGAAGCGGAGAGAAUCUACUCCCUUUUUGCUAUCAACAUGCCAAAGCUGCAGAAGAUGGAAGGUACAGAUAUACUAAUUCAAGUAGUGCUGACUUCUUAGAAAUAGUAGUGUGGGAGGAAAAAAACAUCCUUUAGUAAAUUGUUAAGUUUAUGAGAAUUGGUUAUAGAACAAGUGGCAAAUAGAUUUCUUUUGUGUCCAGUAAAGUAGUUUUCUUUCUUAAUUAUUUUUUUAAAAAAACAUUUUCUGUUACAUAUGCUUCUGCUUCUGAACACGUAGAAGAAUACAGGUUUUGUUUAAUAAAAAUUAAGGCCUCCCUAAUACUGUUGCUUGUAUGUACUUAUUUUUAGAGGCUUGUGAAAGUAUAGCAGUCUAUCAAGGUCCGCGGAAGGAACCGGAUGACUAUUCUAAUUUCAAAAUUGAGGACUCAGUAGCAACUUUUCAAACACUUAAGCAAAUAAUAUCUGUUGUAGAAAAAUUGGAUGAGCAUCAUGACAGACAUGGGAAGAAAAGAUCAUCUAGUGCUAAAUAUGGCAGUGAGUAAGUAUUGUAGGUACUUCUACCUUUAGGGUUGAUCUGUCUCUUGACAAACCAAAUGUACUCUGAAAUAUCACCCAAUUUUUUUUCUCAAGGUAAACCAUGCAAAUUAGCUCUGCUUCUGAGAAAUAGUUGACUCAAACCCAGACACAUUACUAUUACACAUCUCCAUAUUUAGCAUAAAUAAGCUGUAUCAAUUAUGCUAUUCUUGGUUACUGUAGAAACAGUAAAAUGUGGAAUUGCCAAGGUAAUUGUUAGGUGGAUUUGUGGCUGGCUUGCUCACCAAACCAAGAGUGCUCACUAACGGUUCCUCAUCCUGGAAAAAAGUGACAAAUGGAAGGGUUCCAUCCUGGGCCUGUUGUUGUUCACCGUCUUUAUAAAUGACUUGGAUAAAGGAAUUGAUGGGAUGCUCAUCAGAUUUGCUGAAGACACUAAGUUGGAAUGCCACAGACACUAAUGCCACAGAAGACAAAAUCAGGAUUCAAUAUGAUCUUAACAGAUUGGAGAACUGAGCCAAAACUAACAAAAUAUAAAUAGGAACAAAUGUAAGAUUUUAAUCUUAGGCAGCAAGAACCAGCUGCACAAAUAUAAGAUACGACACUCUUCAAGCACAUUUAAUCAGUAAUACACAUCAUAUUGCACCAUUCCAUAUUUCCAUCUUCAGUGGUCCAUUUUAUAUGCAUUAAAUAGGUAUUUCCCGCUAGUAUGUUAUCCUAAAUGGACCAUAGCAAAGAGAGGGGUUGAGCUAGCAUGCUUUCAUAUUUUUAAGCUACUUUUAUCACCUAAUAGACAUGGUUUCUUUUUCCUCUUUUUUUUCCAGAGAAAAUCCAAUUGUUGGGAAAAUUUCUUAACCAAAGACACACUGCAACAAAUGGAUUUCGAAGAAACUGGAGUAGUUUUCACAUUUUAAAAAUCCUGAUUGUAUGCUGAUUCAGAGUAUUUAAGAAUGUACAUUGCCUGGAUAUUAGCUGUGUACAGACAAUAUAUUUAUUAUUUAAUAGGGAAAAGACUUGCUUGGGAAUCUGAUUGUUUUGCAGGGUGAGGAACAUCAGUUCCAUUUCGCUUAAAGAACUAAAAGUGCCAGAAGAUGAAAGUAAACAAAUUUUCUAGCGCUGGAAGGAACUACUAAAGGAAUAAGCUUUCUAAGGGAGGAAAUUAACUACCACUGCAGAAGGGACUUUGGGUGUGCCAAGAUAAUAAUCAAUUUCAUUUAUGAACCAUCGGUACCUAUUCUGUGGACAAUGAGUCUUGGCAAAAGAAAUCCCAACAGGUAACAAAAGGAAUUGAAGCUUUAUAUACAGCGCACGGCCACUUUUAAAAUGGUCCUUUCUUAAUCCACAAUAGACAUUUGUAAAGAAAAAAGUGGUACUUUUUAAAUGUGCAUUCAUAAUUAGCAAUGUUAUGUUAUUUAAGUGAUAUUACUGAAGCAGGACAAGUCAGGGAGUCUAUGCAUCUUGUUUACAAUUGGAGUGAGCAGUGAAUGGAGUGACAUGGGACCACUGUCUGAAUUUUUUUUUUAAUAGCCAAUUACUAGUACUUUAUUUAGCAAUCAGGGCUUUUUUGGAAGUACUGUGUAAGAACUUUGUGCUGUUGGGAAACUAUUAUGGGUGCAUACCAAGCAACAUCGACCUGCCAAUCAAAAAAAUUGCCCUAAAGAUAGGUAUUACACAUUGGAAAUAUGUCACAUCCAAUUGCAACUAGUAGAUUUCGAAAACCACUCCAAGCACUUUAAAUAUCUGGAUUGCCCCCAGAUUAUAUUUAAAGAUACUUUUUAGUAUCUAAUCAUUAUGAUCAGUUGAAUGAUCACUAUUGUGGCUUAAAACAAUGCUUUUGUGAACAUUUUUAUAUCUAGUUUUUUACUUGCCAGUUGAAGUUUUGGACUCAGAUUUGCAUUUAGAAACUCUUAAUCUUGCCUUCUUGAUAUAUUUUUAAUCAUAGGCUGAUAAAAAUGUAUGUAAUGAACAGAAACAUGGUAUCCAACUAAGACAUAGGCUGGACCCAUUGACAUCAAUACACUUAACUCCAUUGAUUUCAGUGGGUCUGCUCUAAGUAUGACUAAUGCUUGAUAUCACCCCAAGCUUCCUUUCAUCAGUAUUAUUGAAUGUGGUACUAGGAAACCUCAUAUUGGGAGCAAUUUUCUGAGCACUGUAAAAAUUGAUAUAUUGCCACAUAUUUGUAUAUUGUUCUAGUUUACUUUUCUACACUUGUUUUUCUUCUUUUUGGCUGCUAUUUGCCACUGUUGUGGUUAAUAUUUGUUUUAAUUGAUAGAAAUUGGGAAGAAUGGAUACAAGCUGCUUAAAAUACUACAUGAAUUACUAACAGUAUGGCAUUGCCUAAGAAAAAAUUCAAAGAUCUUGCUGUAGGAUUCAGCAGCCAGAUUGCAAGGCUUUCUGCACCAGCAAAUAAAUGCUUAUAAUCUACUCAGCUACUUUAGGCAUGCUCAAAAGGGUUGCAUGCAGCCAGUGGGAGUCAUUUUGGAACAGCCGAUACCCAUGCCUUAUCACUAACUGCUUUGGAUAGGUCUUUUGAGUUUCAGAAAUAGUUUGCCAUAAACAUGGGGGCUAUUGUUGAAGUCCUCUGGGCUUAUCUGUGUAGUGCUUUGGAUCAUGGAUCUGAGUGGAUUAGCAGAAUGAAUGGCACAGAAGUUAUGUAAGAAGAACACUAUAGAGGUACAAACAAAUCUAAGAAAAUUACAACUGAAUCAACAAUUGGGAGGUAUAAAGCUAUUUUAUAUAUGUAUUUCAAGUGCAGUGACUCCUGAAUCAGAGGUGUUCUUCUUUCUAUGCUCUGCAUUCAGCAAUGGACAAAGCCAGAAGUACUGACGGAAAUUAUUUCCUCUAGAUAAGACUCUCCAUCAGAAUACCCUGUUCAGGCCUGCAUAUUCUACAAUCUACUAUUGUCUGAUAACAUUUUUUAAAAAUUGUACAUGGCAUAUUUGUCCACCCUAGGUUUAAACAAAAAGAUUGAACUAAAAUAUUGGAGAUGUGAUUGUGCAUUGCAAUUUGUUUGUUCGGGGACUUGUUUCAGUGGGUUUUACUGUUUUUGAUAGGGAAAUAUGCAAAUGCUAUUAAUUCAAUCAUUGGUUCAUCACCUGGGUGAAAGCUACAUACUAUAUCAGUUGUAGUAGUGGGAUCAUGUCAUAUGUCACUCUUUUAAUCUUUAUUUAAUUCAAUUGGUGAAAAAUAAAGAUGCAAAUAAAUGCAAAUAGUACAAUCAAUACAAAAUAAUAGUUAUAUUUAUAUUAGUUCUUAAUCAUGUACAUAGUUUUAAACAGUGGCCUAAUUUGCUCAUCAAGGUAAGUCAUUGCUUAUCAUUCCAACUUUACCACUCCUGUAGCAUGAGGGAAAACGAGCCACAAUCCCUGAUUUAAAAGUAUAUCCAAAUCAAAAUUGCCGUUUGUUGUGCUGAAACAAACUGCAGUUGAUAAGCCAAGAACUUUGGGUUUACAUCAUUGUUUGCUUGAAGCAAAAUAAGCCACAAUUUCUGGUUUGGAUAUAACACUAAAUUGGGGAUUAUGGUUUGUUCCUCCAAGGGAAGGACUGAAGUGGGGGUGUUCUGCAUUUUCAUGGUGAGUCAUUGACUAUGCUUUCCCUUGAAAUCUGAGCACUUAAGGUGUCCUGAGACAAUCUUUCAUCUCAAUAAUGAAUUAAUAAGUUAUUCACAAGUAGUUGAAUACCAUUGGCAGCGCGGUACAGCCAACAGCUUUUACUUAAUGAUAACACUCCCUGUUUUACAUACGUGCUUUUAGAUAUGAUAUAUACAUUAUAUAAAAUCAUGUUGUGAUAUCUGAAUAUGACCAUGAGAGCCCAUACCAAAGAAGUAAUAGACAAUAUGGGAAGGAUGUGCAACCAACAAUUUUAAUAUUCAUAUUUGUAAAUACCAUGCACAGUGAAGUUUGCCUUUUCAUUAAUACAGUAAUGUAUUACAGGAAUAGUGCAAAGUAUUAUUUUAUUUUUGAAAUAAUUCAGCCUAGCCACAGGGUUAUCUUACAAAUCAUGAGGUUGGUAAAUAUGACCGUACAAUCCAAAUCCAUGGGCCUCCUGAUCUAUAUUAUAUUCUGAAUUACAGUCUUAAGACUAGUACCCGACUUUAUUCUUACAUCGCCUUAUUUUUAACAGUUUCCCUCACCCCACUCUGUUUACAGCAGAAUAUGAUAUACCUCAGUUUGCAUCCCAAAAAGAUGUGUUAUAGGAAAAGUUACAUUUUAAUUUUAAAAGCAGGUAUAUAAAUCAAAAACUUGUGUUAAAUAUUCAACCCACAUUAGCAGUCUGUAUGUAAUAAUUUACACUGGUGGUUUUUUUCUUUUGUAGAGGGGGAAUUGCUCUGUUUGGAGAACCCCACUUCCUCCAGUUCCUUUAGCUGCACUAGGGAGUUCUCAAUAGUGUAGCCAGAUGCUCCCUGUCAGAAUCAUUCAGCUGAGUGGCACUGAUGGGGAACCCCACUUGCAAAAUAAUUGGGAGCCCACUUUAAGCAGUUUCAUCCGUACCUGCCCCACUCUUGCCCCAUACCUGUCACAUAUGUCAGCUGUGGGGCAGGUGGGGAUGAUUUGUGGGGAACUGCCUUGCAGGCCUAAUUAGGCUCACAAGCAGGGAGUUCUCCAUCCCUGGAGCUGGAGUGCACCUGAAAGAUGAUUUGAAGUAACCCGCAGUGGCCAUCCCUAGAACAUAAGCAAAUUGGCAUGGAGUUCUUUCUGAGGUUUGAGUGUUAAAAAUGUUAACUUAAAGGUAUUGUGCCAUCAUUUUUUGUUGAUAGGCAAAGUAACUUUAAAAUGUAUUAUGCACUUGUAUUCAUCACAAAUAGUGAUACUGUCUGUAACUUUUCAUGGAAUCUAGAUGCUUUACUUGAUUAGGAGAUUGCAACAUGAUUAUUUGAUUCACCAAAAAAAAAAAAAAAAAGAUGAAUAAGGUCUCUUAAAACAGGCAAAGUAAUAAACCACCUUAAAAGACCAGUGUUCCUGACCUACUGUUAAGUGAUUUUGCUGUUUGGUGUUCCUAAGCUACAUGUUUAGUAUUCAAGAAUCUUGCUGAGAUUUGACAUUGGUAUCAUGCAUCACUUUUGGAUUCCUUUACAUAUCACACAAAUGUGACCUACAACAAAAUGUUGCAGGGUGAAGUGCUUCAAUUCAUCUUUCCAGCCACUGCAUUCCAUUUCCUCUUCCUGGUUUUUCAUUUCCCACUUGGUUAGACAGCCAACAUUUCCUGCUCACAUAGCAUAUUGGGCUAUUUGGUGGGGGGUGGGUCUUCCGUUUUGAUGUUUUCCCUCUUCUUAGGGGGGUGAGGUGGCCACACUGGUGCCCAGCUCCAGCUACCUUACAAUCUUGGAUUUUCCCAUUGAUUUGCAUGUGUAGUUCGCACUUCAUCACUGGGACAUUUUAAUCAUAGCUUCUCCGUGUGAACCUCAAAAUUACUUAUCCUGACAAUCUCAACCUUAUAUUUCUGUCUUCUUCCAUCAUCUUUUACUAAUUCUUACUCUGUUCUUGCUUUCACACAAAUCUCCGCCUUCUUCCUGGGUGCACUAAGCAUAUUCAGUCUUCAUUGGACUGUUUCAGUGAAUCUUGUGCAUUACUUUUGCUAACUUUUUUGUAAUCUGCAAACUUUGGAGUUCCCAUGAAUCUACUGAUACCUCCCUCUUCUGCUGGUGCCAUUUUGGCUGUAUGAGCAGUGGCAUAUGUGCUGAGCAUCUGAAAAUAUAGGGGAUGGUGGUCUUAAACAAUCAUCUGGGGCUUUUCAGUAUAUUGAUACUCAGUCAAGAUGAUUGAAUUACAGUGUUAACUUGUUGCAUCAUCACUGUGUCAUUCUACUUUGGCAUUUGAUGAAGCCAUUUACCCUGGUAAACAGGUUGGUCUGUAAGGCGCUUCGAACUUUUUGUAAUGCUUCUGUUAAUCGUUUUGGUUCCUGUUCACAUUAUUUCUAAAAUAAUUCGCUCCUUUUUAUUUUUGGAAGUGUAUGCCAUGAUUGCACCAGAACCAUGUCAAUGCAUAAUAUUUAUUAUUGAGGGUCAUUACUCUGCAAACAGUUCUGUUGAAAGGAUGUAAACUUAAAUUGGCAUUGUUAAUAUUAAGAAAACGGGGGUCACCUAUUAAUCAGUUCUGUCUGUAUAUCAUAUCUUCACAAAGUAACGUUUGAGUAACUUUGUUUCUGCCUUAUUCUAAAAGAGCAUGAUUAAUUUCUGAUCCUUAUGCAAGCAUAGUUCUGUGGAUGGAGAGGUUCAGAAUAGUGCUUAAUAAAACCCCCAUUCCCCUGCCUCAUUGACCUUUUACUAUACAUAGAUAGCAGCAAACCGCCCUCUGUUUACCAGGAAUGGCUAGUACACAUCUCCUAUAUUAGUAAUUUAUCUAUUCAGUUGCUGUUGCUAGAGUUGUACUGGAUUGCUGUGCAGAAGGAACACAUUGACCUGAUGAUGUGAGUCAUGACUGGCAUUCUGUGUAUUCAUCAAAACAUGGAGAUGGACAGAGGGCUCUCAAGCAAAUAAAGCUCAUCAUCCUCCAAAUUACAUUUAUACCAAAUUAAACCUGAGCUCUUCAAAACUAUUAUGGGGAAUAAAUGCACUUUCAAAAGUUAAGGUACCACAUUGCGUAAAGUACAAGGCAGUUGAUAAUAAAGCAGCACUGAAAAAUAUUUCAUGUUCCAAUGAAGCAGUAUCGAUGUUUUCAUCAUAUGGCCAAGUGCCAAAGAUCUUCCUAGCCCUGUCCAUGCAAUUCUUUUUGUCAGUGUUAUAUUUCAAAUGCAGUAGAUAACCCAGAAUUAAGUUUUGUAUGAACUAGGUAGUAAAUAUUGAAAAGGGUUUCUGUUUGGAUUAGCCUAGAGAUUUUUUUAAAAAGACUGCUUGCUUAAUUAGCUGUGGUUGACAUGUAUAUUUUGCAGUGUAUUUCUAAUUUGUCAAGAUGAUACGUUGAAUGUAUUUUUAUUUAAAGUUUAUUUUCUUAACACAAGUAUUAAAGUUUGAAACUUG